AUGCUCCCAUUCAUAGCGCCCCCGUCUCCCUCCUCCUUGGUGCCCCCCAGCCGAGCUGCCGCGACCGGGCUCCGCGCAACAAAAGGAGAAAAGGCGCAAGGAGGGGAGGCGAGAGACCGAGGCAACCUCGAAGCGGCGGGAGAAAGAGGGGUUCGCCUGGGAAGGGCGGCUUCCCAAAGGAGCAGAGAUGUGAGGGGAGGAGCAGGAGAAAAGUUCGAGCCGGGCGCGCACGCUGCACUCACCCCAUGGAGGCUCCCCCUCUGCCCGGCUGGCGGGCGCGCGCACCGGCUCGGAGAGCAGAACCGGCCCAAGAAACAAAAGUUGCCUUUUUGCCCCCACCUCGAGAAACAACGGAGAGCGGCUCCGCGGCGUUGCAAGCGCCACGACGGGGCGGGCGGAGGAGGAGGAGGGAUUACAUCACCACGCGCCCACGUGAACGCUGCAAAUGAAGGCGCCGCCGCCGCCGCCGCUUAUGUUGCUGCUGCUGCUGCUGCCCAGCCUCGAGGGAUCGACUCGCGGCGCCGGCUCUGGGGCAAGAACCCAACAUUCUGGAGGUGGGUCACGUGGGAAGGGUUCUUCUCCCCGCCUCUCCCCCCCAUCAGCCAAUAACCGUGCGUUCAGCUUGCGCGGCUCCCGGCCUCGCGUGGUUGCUCUCUAGCGCCCCUUGAGGCGGAGGCUCGCGGGGCUUUACCUCCGAGUAGACUCACCGAGCAGGAUUGGGGGCUCUAUGGGUGUUAUAUCGCCGCAGCUUAGGGUUUUUCACCUUCCGUUGCAGUGCCCUCCAGAAAAACUAUUUACUCCAGAGUAAACAAAACACAAAAAAAGGAAAGGAAAAUAUGUGUUGAAAAUAAAUAUGAGUAAAUAAAUAUUAAAUCCGCGGGAAGCUAUAAGAUUAUAGUUGCUUGGGAGUAAGAUCCGCCUGAGUAAACAGGGACAGGAGUUUGGUUGCACAGGGAUAAUCCCAUGCACAAUUACCUGGCAGGAGUCUCCACUUACUGGGACUCGCUUCCAAGCAAACAUUCUUAGGAUCACUUGGCAAUAUAAGCCCCUUAUUUGGUAGUAAUUCCCAUUUAAAUCAACAGGGCUUACUUCUGAGUACACAUGCUUAGGAUCAGGCUCAGAGAAGCUUGCGAUGCCAUUGAGGUGAUGUGUUUUGUUUUAUUUGGAAUAACAGACAAGGUAUGUUGCAUAGAUGACAAGAGGUUUGAGGUUUGUUUGCUUUGUACUUGUAAGGUUGUGAUCCUGUGCACACUUAAGUCACACCCUCGCAGUACACUUAAAUCACAUAGCUUCCCCCCAAAGAUUCCUGGGAGCUGUAGUUCACCCUCACAGAGCUACAAUUCCCAGUGCCCUUGACAAACUUCAGUUGCCAGGAUUCUCUGGGAGGAAGUCAUGUUCUGUAAAUAUAUGGUGUGGGUACAGGGCUGCAAUCCUACACACAUUUAUAUGCAAUUCCAAUGGAAUCAAUGUGACUUCUAAUUAGAGCCCUGCGAAACACCCCCACACAACUACCCUUCAUCAUUAUAGAUUCCAGAGCACAGAAUUGGACUAUAAGGCAGCAGCAAUAUUCACACUUUUGUAGGAUGUGGAACAUCAAAGUGCAACUUGCUUCCACCUAAGCGGAAUAUUUUUCCUUUUUGUAAACCAGGUUGAAAGAGGAUUUAACUGUGAUCUUCUCUCAACCGCACUGGCUGCUUAGAGGCUUCCAGGCAAGGGAACCUUUGUUACAUCCCAGAUGGUCAGGUUCCAACAUGCUCUUCUCCCAAGCGGUGAGAAAAUCAAGGGACACAGCGCUUACCUAGUUUGGGUUUCGUUUGGAAGGCGGUCCCUGGGAUCUAACUGGCAUUCUGGAAUAGUUGCAUUUAUUUAUAAAUAUACACAGACAACCAAAUCCACUGCCCCACAUCAUAUCCCAUGAAAAGGCAACCCACCUCCCAACAGCAGUUGUCUUACAGAGUUUCGCCCCGCCCUGCCCGUCAAUUCCUGCAUUAGGCCCCCAUCAACUGUGUGCACUACAAAGACCUACUGCUGGCUAUAACUUCCUACAAGUCUCUUCUGCAGGAACUGCAAAUACCUAGUUAUGUUCCACAGAAAAGCAACUGACAGAUGUACUAUGAUAUUCCUAUAGACUUACUGCAUGCUCCUCCUCACUUUAGAGCUCCUCACAGCUCUGACAAAUACUUUAUUUUUAACAUUUCGUUAUGGAAACCUUGGACUCAUCGACUGCUUAUUCCUCAAGCCCUCAAGUGUCUCCCACGGGACGUGCCUAGAUAUCUUCCCAAUCUGCCAUUUGUAUAGUGUGCUUGCCGAGAAAAGCAUUCGAUGGUCUAAUCAGUGAGAACUUCCUCCAGACACCCAUGUGGUGAUCAGAGUAACCACAAUCACUGUACUACAGUGACCACACUCCAGUAUCAGGGGAAGUGCACUUACUUACACAAUCACUCUGUAUAUUACACAGCAACCUUUUGCUCAAGCCCGCAAGAAGCCAGAAACUAAACACAAAAGCCAACAAUUCUCUCUUCCUAGAAACUGUUACCCUCUGUCAUACUCUCUCUGAGCACUGAGGUUCUAUAUAGACCAUAUUUCUCCUAGAAACAUGUCCCCCCCGUCUGCUGUUAAAAGAAAUGGAAAGACACAGGAGAUUCAAUUAUGGAUCUCCAAAGUCCUGUAUAGUUUAGCCUUCGUUUCCCCUGCUCAUUAGGAUGCAGUGUUUUCACUUCCUCACCUUCUAUAAACAGGUGUGUUACAUUCAUAUUAAACAUCUGAGAACCACCCACCCUCUAUUUUUUCAGCGCUGCUGCAAGCAGGCUCUGUGCUGUAGGCUGCAAUUUUGCACGAGGACAGAAAUGCACACAAUUUGGUUAUUGGGUGCAGAAUCCAGGGACAGAACUUGGCUUUUUAAAAGAACAACGAACACACAAAAACAAUGUAUUUCUCCCAGUUUGGGCAGCAAAGACGGGAAACAGCUUGUGAAAUUCCUUGUGAGAUGUUUGAAGCCAGAGACGCCCCAGCAGCAUUUUUUCAGGGGUUGGAGUUCAGCACCAUGAACCUCUUUCCCCGUCCCCAAAGCAGACAUGAGUUGCAAUCCUAUGCAUACCUCUUUAGGAGGAAUCUCCGCUGAAAUUAAUGGAACAUACUUCUUGAGUAACCAUGCUGCAAAUUAUGCAAAAUAGUCAAAUGUAUCAAAACACUUAAUUUGCAUAAUUUCCACCGGUUGCAGAAUUUGAGUCACCUUGGUGCAGAAUCCUAGGGGUAUUUUUAGCUCACACAGUCCUGACUGCAACCAUGUAGCAAACAAAAUGCUACUCAAAAUACAAAAGGGAAACCUCUGAUUGAUACUGAAGGAUUAUGCUAAUUUCUCUUUUUCCCAUAUACAGUGGUACCUCGGGUUAAGAACUUAAUUCGUUCUUGAGGUCCAUUCUUAACCUGAAACUGUUCUUAACCUGAAGCACCACUUUAGCUAAUGGGGCCUCCCGCUGCUGCCGCACCGCUGGAGCACAAUUUCUGUUCUCAUCCUGAAGCAAAGUUCUUAACCCAAGAUACUACGGGACCGCCUCUCCUGGUAUGCCCCACAGAGAAACUUACGGUCUUCAAAUAAAAACAUCUUGAAGGUCCCAGGCCACAGAGAAGUUAGGCUGGCCUCAACUAGAGCCAGGGCUUUUUCGGCUGUGGCUCCGAUCUGGUGGAACACUCUGUCACAAGAGACUAGGGCCCUGCGGGACUUGACAUCUUUCCGCAGGGCCUGCAAGACAGAGCUGUUCCACCAGGCCUUUGGCCAGGGCACAGCCUGACUCCCUCGGCAAUCUUCGUGGAGCUCUGGCCCAAUGGUUGCCAGUGGCUUGAUUUGAAUUAAUUUUAUAAUGAAUUAUUUUAGAGUGUUGUUUGUGCUGUACCUUUGUACUGUUUUAUUGUUGUUAGCCGCCCUGAGCCCGGCUUCGGCUGGGGAGGGCAGGAUAUAAAUACAAUUUAUUAUUAUUAUUAUUAUUACUAUUUCUGGGUUAGCAGAGUCUGUAACCUGAAGCAUCUGUAACCUGAAGCAUCUGUAACCCAAGGUACCACUGUAGUCCUAAAUCUAUAUAUUGUGUUGUUGGAAUGGUUCAGAAUGUUCAGUUGCUCAGUUUACAGUUUGUAGUCUGAUUUCUGUGAAGUAAGGAAAAGUUGCCAGUUUGGAUUGGAUUAAAAUCACAAAUAUUAUUUACAGGGUAGACCAGUGACUGUAAAGGCAUUCCACAAUUCAGCUAAGGGACAGUGAGCUGCCCAGAGGCAAAGUGCCUGAAGCCAAGGGUGCAGGUUAGGUAAUGGAAAGAAAUGGGUAAAAAAUAAAGAAAUGGGAAGGAAGGAUUGGUGGAAAAGGAAGCUGAGGUACAGAGCAGAGAAAACUCUGGCACGAAAGGAGAGAGUGGACUCUCAACAUGGGCGUAGGCAGGACUUUUUGGGGGGGGCAGGAAUUUUGUUGGGGGAGCAGAAAACCGAUGUGAUUGGUCAGUUAGUUAAGUAUGUCCAUUAUUUUACUUGAUCGGGGGGACGGGACACCUGCCCCCCUGCCCCAGUCUGGCUAUGCCCAUGACUCUCAAGGAAGUUCUCAGUGCUUAAGUUCAGUGGGAGGAUGAGGGGUUUCCUCCUGAGGAGACUGGUUUGAAAACAAAAUGGAGUCUGAAGGAAGUGGGACAAAGUAGGAGGUUCAAGUAAAGCAGGAACCUGAGGAGAUAAAGUAUAGGGAAGGCACAUAGCUGAAUAAGUGAGAAGUCAAGGAGAAAACAGCUCCUGGGGCAAAGCUUUGCAGAAGGCCCAUCAAAAGGAGCUGCUUUUUAUGAGAGGAAGGAAAUGAGCAGGCAAUGGAGGAAGCUCAGGAGGUAGUGGUCAGAGAGCUGCUCCAUCUAGAUUUGAGAUUCUGACGGGGAUUUUGCCUGUUGUGGUUCCUGCUGUCACUGCAAAACUGUGACAUACAAUCCAGAGGAAGGAGAAAAGGUCGAGAAGCAGUGGGUGGCGGUAGGACUAAGUUUCACAUCUGCACAAUUCUUUGGCUGUAGGCUCUGAGUAAUACUGUGUAACUCCACCAGGUCCUAAGAAGUAUGAGAUUUGUAAUAGCCCAUACAAAAUUGAGAAACGCUCUGAAACUCCUUUGUUGCAGAGCACUUGAGGGAAGAACUCAUGCCUGUAUCAUGUGAGUAAUGAUGUUAAUGCCAGGAACAACACAAAAAUGAGUUGCGAUAAGUGCACAGCAACAAUGGAACCAAGGUGGGGGUGAGGGUAAGCCAUCAGGCCUGUAAGUAAACUUUCUCUUGCAGGUUUCUUGAAGAAGAACAAUAGGUAAGGAUUAGCAAGACAAGCCAUUCAUCUUUGGUUUAAAAUAAUAAUUCCUGAACGACCAGUCCAGCAAGAGAGUUUAGGAUUAAACAACGAAGCAGAGAAGUUGUGCAAGAUCCUGCCCUCUUUUGCAAACAUUUUCUAGGACGAGCUGCGAUUUGUUUCUUGCUAUCUGGCCAAAAAAGGAAAACCGGGAGUUAGAAACAACAAAGAAAGGAAUAAAGGAAUAACAAAUAAGCCUAGUUCUGCAAUCAGAAUAAGAACCAGGUCAGUCCUAGUUGGCAAAACAUCUACAAAAAGUAAAAAGGAAUUGUUAAGGGGAGGGGGAUAAGUUUAUUUUAUUUUUUGAAAAUCACAGGAUUUGAGAGCAUGGGAGGGGAUUCUCGGUGGAUCCUUCUGGAGACAGAUGAAAACCAAGCUUCCACAUUGCCUUUAUGGUUGUCUAGUUCUGCCUCCAGGUUUUAAGUAAGAUGCUCUCAGUGGCACCCACUUCUUCUUUUCAUCACGGUGGUCCCCACUGGCAGUGCCCAUUCACUUGCCUUCCCUUUGUGGGCUCAACUCACACAGCUGUCCAGAGGAAGAGGGCAAGGCCUGUGAAGAAUGCUGCCCUAUUGCCUCACCCUUGUUCCUCCUACCAACUGCAUGCCCAGUGUCAGGAGUGCGUGCAGGAGCCAGGCCCUGUGACCAAUAGGGCUUUGCAGGACUGGGGCCUUCCUAAGUUUGUUCUGGAGAGGAAAGGCACGGCCGCACAGGUGAGACUGCUUGGUAAGUCACUGCACCUGGUGGCAAGGGAUAUAAGGUCAGCAUUUCCCUUCGGCUCUUUGCCGCAGCAACUCGUUUCCUGCCUUGCUGCAUUUGGCUUCUUGCUUCUUGAUCCUUGGACCCUUGACUUUGUGACUCCCUGCUUCCUGACCCUCGGACCCCUGACUUCUGGACUCUUGUUCCUGCUCCCACCCUGCCAUCUUGCCCCCAGUCCCGACGUCCUCAGUUGGGGCUUUGACCGCCCGUAAACCAGACCAUGAUACCCAGAGAUGGCAGGUGAAUUAAGCAGUGACAGUACAGCUGAGGGGUGGGAUGGAGCAACAAGGCCUGGAGUCUCUAGGGGUCAACAGGGGUCUCCUGCAGAGGUGUGGGCCUUGGCAUGAUGAUGCCUGCAUCUGGCACCAGACUUGUGGAUGCUUCAUAUAAAAUGAGAGCCACCAAUUCCGCUGGGUCAGGGAGGGCUUUGCUUGCACUGAGGCCCUAACAAAUACCUGGUCAUGCCUCCUUACCUCUGUAGCUGGUUAUACAUUUGCAAGAAGCAACGCUUUCAUAGCUGGAUUACAUUUUAUGGCAUCUGACCCGAGACCUCUUCUCAUUCUACUACUUCCUUUCAAGCACUUUUACAGCUUUGUCCUAAUCGCUUAAGCUCAGGAGAACAUCUUUUGGAUUUCAAUGUGAUGAGAGGGUAGUAUGCCACAUGAUUAGCUUUUCCACACCAACCGAUGGAUUCAAGUUACAAGAAAGGAGAUACCUACUAAACAUCAGGGGGGACUUUCUGACAGUAAGAGCUGUUCAACAGUGGGACAGGUCUCCCUCGGGAGGUUGUGGGUUCUCCUUCCUUGGAGGUUUUUAAGCAGAGGUUGGAUGGCCAUCUACCAUGGAUGUUUUGGUUGAGUUUCCUGCAUUGCAGGUGGUUGGACUAGAUUACCCUUGGGUAUCCCUUCAAAUUCUAUGUUUUUUUUAUUCUGUGGUUUCAAGGCAAGAAGAACCUCUAACCUUCAAGGUAAUAGAUGGAUGUGCUUUAAAAAAUCUGUGCACACUUUGCUGGAACUGAAAGUGCUAGCCUAUCCAAUGUCCGGAGGCACUGAAAGCAUUUUGUAAUGAACGGGAAUGCUCUUAGACAUAGACAUAGAAUUGUAGAAUUGGAAGGGACCCCAAGGCUCUUCUAAAAUUUUCCGCUCAACGUGGGGUUUGAACGGAUGACCCUGAGAUUAAGAAUAUCAUGCUCUAUUGACUGAGCUAUCCUUCAGUUUUCUAAAGGAGUCUGCUGGGCUGAGUGUGGAAUCAGUGGAAGUUGGAGAUUGCUUUAGAGGAGGGAAAACGGGACUGAAAACAAGAACAAUCACUCCCACCCGCUAGCUCGCCGUUCCCAUAUUUAUCAAAGGACAACCAUCUUCACACAACACAAAUCUACUCAGCGAGACCCUCCUAGUGAAGCCAAGAUACCAAACGACCCUUUGUGUGAGGCUUUAAAGAUGAACGCAAUUUCCCAGGAAAGGACUUGCAUGAAUCUCUGCCAGUCGCAGGGAAUCCUCCCUCUUCUCCAUAGCAACCGGGCUCCCUUAGAAACUGGCAUGCCAUUUCUGGCUGCAAAUUAUUACCCUUGGUGGAGGGAACAGCAUCCGUGUGGGGAUAAGAUGCUGCAAUUUUUAAAUUCCACAGGGAGCUCCUGGCUGAGAUCAACUGGAUCCGGAGAACCUUGCCACAGAGAGUGUUGGCUCUCUGAGUGCCUACCUACGGCCUGCACAUUCAUCUUCUCCCAGGUGUUCGGCUAAUUAAACAAUCUAUGGCCUUUUAAGCUGUGGGGCCGGGUUUAUUGUUUUUGCGAUUAUUAUUUAUUAAAUGUGUAUACCGUCUUUCAUCUGAAGAUCCCUGGACGGUUCAGAACUACAUUAUGUAUUUUUGUGCUUUAAUAUUAUAAACCGCCCUGUGAUCCUCAGGUAAAGGGCAGUAUAAUGUAAAGGGACCCCUGACCUUUAGGUCCAGUCGUGACUGACUCUGGGAUUGCGGCGCUCAUCUCGCUUUAUUGGCCAGGUCAUGUGGCCAGCAUGACUAAGCCGCUUCUGGCGAACCAGAGCAGCGCAUGGAAACAGUGUUUACCUUCCUGCCGGAGCGGUACCUAUUUAUCUACUUGCAAUUUGACGUGCUUUCGAACUGCUAGGUUGGCAGGAGAAAGGGCAGUACAGAAAAUAACUAACUAACUAACUAACUAACUAACUAACUAACAUAGGGCUGCCAGGACUUGGUCCAGAGGUAAUGCUUUGUCUCUUUAACUCUAAUACACCAAGGAGCUGGGCAGCCUCUGUCCCUGACAUCUUGUUAUCCCAUUGGUCCUUUCACCCAAGCUCCUCCUUCACCUGUUGGAGAAAGACAGACAUUACCUUUGCCCCGUGACAGGGCAGGCAAAAGUACCAGGAGAGCCACUGGAUGGGAGGGGAAGCAGCUGCCCACAUUCUCAAUGCCUUCAGACCAGGGAUGGGGGAGAAUUUCAAUUCAGUUCACAUUUAAAGGCAAAGCUACCAAGCCUGCUGUUUCCAGAAUAGUAUGCACACUUCAGCACAACCGCCCUUUGAAAUUCACACCACUCUGAAUUUUGCAGGCAAGUUCUCCAGCUAAGUAAGGUUUACAAAAAUUGCAUAUACUGUGGUAAACUGUUUGAGUCUCCUCCUUGUUUUAGCUGCAGCAGACUAGCAUGGCUACGCCUCUAAAAGAUAUUACAAAAAUAUCCUAUGGAUGCACCCUAUGCAUGUUUACUUGGGAAUUAAACUGAAAUUAGUAAUUCUUACUUCUACUAAGUAUGAAUAGGGUGGGCAAGAGUAAAUAUGCAUAAGGUUGGUUGGUAAGUCCAUACAAACUUAAUAAUAAUAACAAUAAUAAUAAUAAUAGAAACAUUCUGUCUAGUAACCCUGGGCCUUCCAAUUAUUUGAGGAAGAAGAAAUGCAAAAUAGUAUGAUGGGCAUCAAGAUUUGCCCUGGUAUAGCCUUCUCCACAUAGUCUAAUUUAAAAGACAUUUCUGGCGCACACAUACAUGAACACACACAUAUGCAAUAUACCAGAUGCUCAGUGGCUCCUAUAAAUCUGAGCACACAGUGCCUCUCAGUUCAUGGCACACCAAUUGCAUGAAAUAGCGGCUGUAUACAGACCCAGAUUCUUUUGCACACUGCCGCAGACCAACAUUUGUGUGAGUGUGUUUGCAAAUCUAUACAAAGUGACCACUUCACAUGACCACCCAUGAGGCGGGGAAUUAAUAACCCCAAUUUAGUCCUGUACAUUCAUUUCAAUGGGUCUACUCUGAGUAAAAUUGCAUUGAAUACCAGCCUAAUCUUCCUUUCCCCACUGCCUUAGAUUCCAAGAGUGGAUGUAUUUGCAGUGCUGUACGAUUGACAAUUAUUUUCUUUUAAUAGUCAUGCCAGAAAGGCUGGGCAGGGUGUGGGGGAUUCUUAACCUUUGGCUAACAUCCAAAUAGCAUCAGUUUACGAUCUGAUGUAUCUUUUCUCUGAGGACUACAUUUAGCCCUCGCAGGGAGAUGGGUUCGGUAAUCCAAUACCCUUCUCCGCUCUCAUCCUAAUGCUCAUUCCAAAGCAUGUUUCAUUCUUAAAUUAUCUUCAAAGCAUACAGAGCCGUAGGGAAAUAAAAGGAGAAUAUCGUGCUCUCUCCAAGAAACACAUUAAACCUAAAUCUCCACUAGACCCAUCAUAAGAAUUAAGCAUCAGAGCAAACCCCCUCAAGAUAGCUUAAGGAGUUACAUACAAAAUUCCAGGUUCUGCUUGGGAGGAAAAAGUCACAUUGGUAGAUGAUCUCACAACAAUGCUAGCACAGUAGAAUUGUGUUGCACAGUAUCACAUAACAUAGAUGAAUAUGAGGGUUACUUAGGAAGCUGUCUUCCACCAAGUAAAACCAUUGGUCCAUCCAGUUCAUUACUGACAACACUGACUGACAGCAGCUCUCCAGGAUUUCAGACCUAGAGUCCCUUGUGCCCUCAGCAAGGAGCUGUAUCAGCAACCCACCCAUCCCACUCCACUCUGCUGAAAAUUUCACUUUACCGCAGGGCGAGAAGGACGGGCAGCUUCUCCCAUGUUUGAUCUUGCUGCAACAGCAGUGGUGUGAAGUCACACAUAUAUGCGCCAUACACUCCAUAAUCUGAUAGGUGCUUGUUGUGCCCCUGCGCAGGGCCAAUUUUGCCAGCCCCUAGGGUCUUUCCCAGUCCUACAUGAAGAUGCUAGUGGAGAUUGACCAUUUGUCUACAAAGCAUUUGUGCUGCCACUGAGCUAUGAACCUGUCUGAGCUUCUGGAUACAGAUGGGACUGCAUAUUCCCAUUGGGGCUGACAGAUGGUGCAUCAAAGUCACUCCAGAUGAUCUAGUUUUGGGUGCCUAGUAGGGUGGUAAAGAGCAUUAUAUGGGGUGCAAAAAUUUCAUCCAUGCUACAUAGGACCUUAGCAUAGUGCUGGAUGAGCAGGAAGUAUUUUGGAGGGGCACCCACUACCCCUUGGAGCAAUCCUUGUGUUGUGCAAUGGCCAUGUGCUGGAUCUUGGCACAUACAAUGGAACCUUGGUUCCCGAACAGCUUAGAUGCUGAACAAAUCCGCUCCUGAACACCGCAAACCCAUAAAUAAUUGCUUCGGUUUGCAAAUGUUUUUUGGAAGUCGAACAUCCGGCAUGACUUCUGAGGCUUCUGAGUGGCUGCAGGAGCUUCCUGAAGCUGUGCCUUGGUUUUUGAACUGUUUUGGGAGUCAAAUGGACUCCCGGAACGGAUUAAGUUCGGAAACCAAGGUUUCACUGUAUGUGGUCAAGUGUCAUGGACUGGCUGGAGGCAGAGAAGUGGUUGGAGGGCACCAGCUGGGGAACCUCCAAGGGAUUAAGGCUCAGUACCAGGGGAAUGGUGGUGGGAUGACCAUGAGUGGUCAGGGGGAGAAGAGGGAGCAGACCUGGAGGAGGAGGUGUCAGAAGCUGAAGAGGGAACAGGGUUUAGUGAGCAGGAAGAAUCUGUGGCAGAGAGCAGUCCAGACUCAAAGGCAGGAGAGGAGGGGAGCAGGAGACAGAAAUGAGGCAGGCUGCUGAAGAAUCUAGGGAGCCCCAUCUGCUGCUUCCCUCCCCUCUGGUCUCCUAGAACAUGCUGAGAAAUGAAAAGAGUGGAGCAACAAGAAACAAGACGUUGGAGCCUUGGGCUGCUGGGGAAGGAACUGGGGAGGAGCCAUUACUUCUGGUGCCAAUGUUACCAUCUGUAUUUAUGUUUGUUUAAUUGACUGAAAUUAUCUGUCCCUCUCCCAAAUCAAUGCUGAAAGGCCUAUGGUCUUUAAAUUAUUCUGAUGUUUCUCAUACCAACAUCUUCCAUUUAAAAGAAUAAACAUACCCCACCCCCAAAGAUACCAUCAACAACAGAAGCAGCUUAUCCAAAAUGUUGCUAAGAGGAAAAAGUUGUUCUCAUUUCCACUGAAGACCACACAGCUUGCUUUCAUUAUAGGCUAGAGAGAGGUAUAAAGAGGUGGGCAAAUGGAACUCCGAGCCUCAUUCUUUUUCCAUUUUCUGGGAGGAUUAUGUAUAUCGCAUGUCCCGAAGCAUUACAGGAAAAUAUCAAAGGGCUAGAAAGUGGGAUGCUAUCCAAGAUGGAGCCUUUGCAUUUAAAAUAGGACCUGGGGGACAUCUGCACUUAUAUCUGAGGACAGAUAUAAACCUUAUGUAAUCCUUCUCCAUCCAUGAGGCUCUGCAUAAGUCAUUUUGCAAAGAGGCAUGUAAUUGCAACCAGUUACGCCAAAAGGACAGGAAAGGCUUUUCUCCUGUGUGCAGAGCAGUGGUGUAGGGGCAAAUUCAGAGGUGCAGUCUCCCUUCAUGAGAGUCACAUUCACUCCCCCUUCUCAGAUUAUAAUUAGGGGUGCAUUACGACUGAUUCAAUGCAGAUAAUCAUGCGUUGCCUAUUUUCUGUGUACGUACAUGGGCAAAUGAUUUGGAGUGCUCUGAUAUCUUAUUUCAGAGUGACUUAAGCUGACCUCGAAGUUCCAUUGCGCUUAACAGAACUUGCGCACAGAAAGCACCUUGUCUUUUCAGUGUUCCUGAGAAAUAAAGUAAGCAAUAAAAUACAAUUAAAAAUCAAUACGAACGGUUCAUGCGAUGGGCAUGCCAUCUCCCGUCUUCAAACCACAAAUCCACAGACAUGUCAUGGACACAGUUUAUUUAGAUAACAAAAAAAAAUGCACACUAAUUGCAUUUACUCCAAAACAUCACAUCUAGUUUGGUCCUGAUAAUGGUUAAGAUGAAGUCGGGUGGGGUGACUCAGAUGGCUAGUUUUUAUGGAGUCUGUUUCCACUGGAAAAGAGAAAGCCCUGGCUUGUGUGUUGUCACAAUAGUCUGUUUAUUUGCAAAGGAAUCCCUAAAUAGCGCAGAUAUUAUGGAAUCUAUAAAAACUAGCACAGAAGCAGGUUGUGCAAGCCUCAAAAGCAACAAUGGCACCCUGGAAUCUUACAUUUAUUAAUUUGUUUUUAUCAAUUAAUUUUCUAUACUGUCCUUCAUCUGAGGAUCCCAGGGCGGUUUACAAUAUAAACACAGCAGCCUUCGCAUUUAUUGUGUUGUUGCUUCAUGUGAGCCAGUUGUCCUAACACAGGGCUAUACAAGGUUGUGACACACAAAGCUGAAUGCUGCCCAUGGCAGAUGGAUGAAGCGGCCUGCUUUCUCUCCCCGCUCUACCUUCUCCGUCAGCAAAAACAGUGCGUUUCCUAAGCUCCUGAGCAGUCGCUAUCCACUGCUGGCAGGGGGCUGGAUUCCAUUUUGCAGGUUACCAUUUGUGGAAGCCUGCCUCAACAUAAGUUUUUUAUUAAUUUGCCAUAAAAGCAGGGACGGCAGCUCCGUACAGAGAAAGGAACAUUUCUCAUGCUGCUAUCUCUCGGAUUCCACAGAUCAGCUCUAAUCGAUAAUGUCUUUUAUUACUCUAGGAUGGGUUCCAUAAAAACGGGAUUAGACGAGGAAUUCUCAGCAUUGCAACUGAUCGCACUGGACAAUCCCUUAAAAAAAAAUGACGCCUAGUGCCUAAAAUGCCUUGUCUGAAGGCAGCCCUCCAUGCCAUCAAGGCUAUAAAUCUAACAGCUAAGGAACCCAUUUGAAUGCCAGGUACUGUAUACACAUUUAAUUAAGCUCGAUUACACUAACAAUUCACUUCACUGAUCAGGCUGUAUCCUGGAGCAUAUACCAGAGGAAACCCUUGCACUAAAGCUUUUCGUUGUGAUCCAAAUUGAAUAUUUCUGCAAAAGUCUGUGUGAUUCUUUUUUUUGGGGGGGGGUGUUCAGUAUUUUGUGGUGCUUGAGAAUCGGAUGACAUGCAUUCGACAACUGCUUUUAUCAUGUAAAAUCUUUCUCUUCCCCAUUCCUUUGUCUUUCAUAUCUUUUUUUGUCUCUUUCCACCGCCAGCUUUUGAGUCUGUACUUCAUUGCCCACAUUCCCCCCGUAGCUAUUUCCAGAGCCACCCCACACUGCUUAUCUCUUUUGUUAGGCAGAAGGCAUUAAUCAAUUAAUCGGUGUGAUUAAUUAGGUAACGACAGAUUAAAAUGGCUUCCCUUUGUCUCCCUUUGGCAAUUCCUUUGGUGCCAACCAAUGUUUUUUUCUUUUGCUCUCUUUUUCCCCUAUAUGCAGAGCAGUGCUUUUUAGGUGCUUCCAGAUAACCUGCUUAUUGCACAUUCAGCCUGAUUUGUUGGUGGGGAGGUUAGAUGGUAUUGUGUCAAAGCAAGCACACUUUCCAAUGCAUUUCCCCACUCACUUUCCUUACCGGAAAAAAGUCUGAUCUUUGGGGAAGGUGGGUUUGCUGCGCAAGAUCUCCCAAUCAACUUUAAUUGAACAACCUGCUUUUGCAAAUGAGUACCACUCAAAAAAAAGGGGGUGGCGUGGGUGGCGCUGUGGGUUAAACCACAGGGCCUAGGACUUGCCAAUCAGAAGGUCGGCGGUUCGAAUCCCCGCAACGGGGUGAGCUCCUGUUGCUUGGUCCCUGCUCCUGCCAACCUAGCAGUUCGAAAGCACGUCAAAGUGCAAGUAGAUAAAUAGGUACCGCUCCAGCGGGAAGGUAAACGGUGUUUCCAUGCGCUGCUCUGGUUCGCCAGAAGCGGCUUAGUCAUGUUGUACACCGGCUCCCUUGGCCAGUAAAGCGAGAUGAGCGCUGCAACCCCAGAGUCGGUCACAACUGGAUCUAAUGGUCAGGGGUCCCUUUACCUUUACCACUCAAAAAUAGUGACAAUCUGGAAAUGCCCUUAGUGUCUGGAAUGAUAACAUGGAAAACUAAUAUGCAUCAUUGCACAUAAUUUUGUAAGUUGCCAAACUAGACAACGUAGCAGAGAUCUGUGAUUAGGUCUCUUGCCUCUUUACAUGUUAGUCAGUGUCAGCUGUAGAACAAAAAUGAGGGGGGGGGAUCCUAACUCCUUCCCCUUUUAUCUUGCCAGUAAAAACCUCCAUCAUCCUGUAGCAACCAGUUGCCCCACUAGGGAAACUGAACAUAUUCAGGAUGUGUUCACAUUAUGUUUUCCCCAACGGGGCAGAGAGGAAGGAACCUUUUGGCCCCCCUCAAUAAAAAUACAUGGCUGAUGGAGGUUCUGCCCCCCAACAAAAGUCCUGCCUACACCCAUGGGUGGGAGGAGGUGAUCAGGAAAAUUACAGGAGACAGGGGUAAGCAUUCCUCCCCCAGAGCCAUGUUCCUGGCCUGAAUUAUAACCCCUGCUCUUGCUAUUGGUCAACACUUAAAGAAACAGGGGCUCCUGGCACCAAUCUAUGUUGGAUUGUCUACUUUGGUCCUAGAAUGAAAUACAACUAGCCAAAGCAUAAAAGAAAAGAUGGCACUUUUUGUUGGGCUUCCAGGACGGGGCUCUAUAUCCCUGGCACUAUAUCCAUACCCCCACUUCCUCCACACAAAUAUGCAUGGUCACAGGAUUGUUCAGUGUUCAUUAGGGACAGGGUUUCCUCCACUGAACACCCACAAGUAGUUCAUUGCUGAGCCACCAGUUGGGCCUAUGAUGAGGACUCACACCUCCCCAAGUAACCUACCAACCCCUCAAGUUCCUUCCCAGCACCUUUUCACCACUGGGCUUUGGCUCAACCAGAGCUCUAGCCCCACCAAUGAACUUCUAACAACCACAUCUCCCCAACACCUUCCCUUCCUCCUCAGUUGUAAGGAACUCAUCAAUAUUCAACUGUAAACAGCUGCCUCUCCUCUCAGCUGUUCCUUAUCCAACUCGUCUCCCACCCAUUCUCCACCAGAAAGCCCGGCUGACCGGGGUCCUGCUUCUGCAGCCACACAGGAAGGAAGCCCAGGGGACAGUGAGGUGGUUCCUCCCACUUUUCCAUGCAUAAUGUAGUGCACAGGGCGUUUUGUUAUAUUACGUUUACAGUUAAACAGUUUGCUGCCCUGACCAUUUAUCUCUAGGCAAACCUGACCUUUUUGUUAGGCACUGGAAUUCAUUAAUAGCCCCUUCCCCCUAGAAAGCAACAACCCUUUAAAAAAAGAAUCCUUAUCCAAGCAGUCAUGCAGAAUCAUACAUGGUGAUUAGCUUGUGGGCUGCAAAUGAUUUAUUAGAUCUAAUAAGGCAAGCCACAUGUAGAUGCUUGUAGGGCAAAAGGGAGGUUGGAUUGCAUAGAUCUUACACAAGCAAUGAGACUCAGGCCAGCAUUGCAACGCUGGUGAAUUAUGGCAUUAUCAGAUUGGAAUUGUGUUGUGUAAUGCAAAAAAUGCAAAAUGGGUUUCUCAUAGAUUUAAAAGGCAUUAUUAACGCAUCUCUAGAAGCUAUCUUAAAAGCUCCUGCUGUAUUGAUGGUUCAAAAUCCUUUCUUUGCCUCUCUCUCUCUCUCUGUGUGUGUGUGUGUAGUAAAAAUAGUACUGACAGGUUUUUAGAAAGUGUUCUUUGGGUUUCUGGAAAAGCAGUUUUAAAAUCUCUCUCUUCACUUGGUAAAAAAGAAACCGCAGUUCCCCUGAGGAGUUAAAGUGAACAAUUGAUCAGGAAAAUCCUAUCCCAAUUGCAUCAGUCAUCAUCUACAGUGGUACCUUGGGUUACAUACGCUUCAGGUUACAUACGCUUCAGGUUACAGACUCCGCUAACCCAGAAAUAGUACCUUGGGUUAAGAACUUUGCUUCAGGAUGAGAACAGAAAUCGUGCUCUGGUGGCGCGGCAGCAGCAGGAGGCCCCAUCAGCUAAAGUGGUGCUUCAGGUUAAGAACAGUUUCAGGUUAAGAAUGGACCACUGGAACAAAUUAAGUACUUAACCCGAGGUACCACUGUAUAGGCAAAAUAUUAGACGCUGUAAGAGGAUAAUGUCCCACUUGGGUCUCUCCUAGUAGGGACUGGUCCAUUAGGGCAAAUGGGGUGCUGCCCCAUUAACCUCAGUCUGCCUUCAACCAGACCCCAGUUUCCCACCUGCCUGCCAACCAAUCCAGGGGGUGGCAUUGCCUGUCAUUCUCCUCCUCAAUCUCAGUGUUACCUGUAUAGGCGUCAACAGGGAGGAGGGUGGGGACAAAAAUAGAAUUAGCUGGCUCCACCUGUGAUUGGCUGUGGCUCUACCUACUAUUUGACCUUUGCCCUUCCAGUCUCAUGACUGUCCUAAAUGCGCUUGGAGCCAUUACUUACCCCUAGGAAAUCCAUUCACAAUUCCAGUGUAUUAAAAGCCUAUAUUUCACUUUAAGGUUAGCAGAUGGGAAAGCCCCAGGGGUAGAGAGACAGCAGCAAAGUGGGAAAGGAUCAGCACCUCUUACGUGUCCUCCCUUGGUCUUAAAAGCCACCCACCCCCUGCUUUAUGCAUGAUUGGGGGAGUCUAGAUUUCAAUGCCACAAUCUAGUUUGGACCUGGAGUUUCUGUUCCAACAUUUUAUGAGUACCCAGGCACCUUCUUCCUUCUUCAUAUUGGGCCUAGCUGUGAUGACUUUCACAUUGUGUCGCUAACUUUGGGAGUGUUUGUCUUGGCUUUUAAAGCAACUAGUUCUUCAUUUCCUGGCAGGGUCUUGAUUGUCCCAAACUUACUUCCUUGAAUCAAGCAGUAUAGUCCACUGGAUAGAACUGGAUUUGGAGCUGAGAGCUUCACACACAAGGUGCCCCUCUCUCUGUGGCUCAACGUGUGAUUUCUGACAAGUCUUUCUCAACUUAAUUAUUUCAUCUCUAAAAUGGGAACAAUAUUGGGGGGUGGGUGGGUGUUUAUAAACAGCUUAACUGCCAAAAUGGCUUCGAAGUGGUUCACAAGUAUGAAACUAAAUUCUCUCUCUCAACAUGCAAUUAAAAUACACAAUAAAACAAUGUCAAUUUUGAAAAAUAAAAUAAACAUCAAGUAAAAUGGACAGCAAGACAAGUCCAUUAAAACAUAAGUGAAACAGUCAAAACAGCAAUUAAAACAGGAGGUUCAAGCCAGGAGAUCAGGCGAAUCCUUGUGCACCUACUACACACAAUCUUUUGAACAUUAUUGUGAAACCUGGCUUUUAUUAUUCCUAUUUCACAUACAGUGGUACCUUGGUUCUCAAACGCCUUGGUUCCCGAAUGCCAAAAACCUGGAAGUGUUCUGGUUUUCAAAUGUUUUUUGGAAGCCAAACAUCUGAUGCGGUUGUCGGCUAUUAUUUCCAGGGCACCUACACCAAUCAGAAUCUGCGCCUUGGUUUUCAAACAUUUCAGAAGUCAAACGGAUUUCUGGAACAGAUUAAAUCUGGCACUUUUGUUUUUGCUAUUUAUUUUGCCUUUUUGUUUUUGAGGCUUUUUCGGUUAAUUUGUUUUUGUGACUGUGUGGAACCCAGUUCAGCUACUGAUUGAUUGAUUUAUUGUGUGACUGCAGAAAUGGAUAUGACUAUCAUCAGUGCAGGUAAGAAAAAAAAUUCAUUUUAAUUUUUAUCAUCUGCAAUACUGUCUUAUUUAUUUUAUAGUACAGUACUUUAAAUAUUGCUUUCAUUUUAUGGAUCAAUGGUCUCGUUAGAUAGUAAAAUUCAUGUUAAAUUGCUAUUUUAGGGGUUGUUUUUAAAAGUCUGUAAUGGAUUAAUCCGUUUUGCAUUACUUUCUAUGGGAAAGCAUGCCUUGGUUUUCAAACACUUUGGUUUUGGAACGGAUUAAGUUUGAGAACCAAAGUAGCGGUGUAUAAGGUAACUGAGGCCAAAGGCACUUUGCUAUAAUAGGGUAGAUGACUAAUGUAACUUUUUUUGGCACAUCACAUACUUUGCUUCAGAUAGAUUUCUAUUCUACUUGGGGCCUCAAAAACCCAGAUGUUUUCCUCUGUUAGUGCACUAGUCCAAACUAGCCACAAUAAUGUGAAAUCCUGAUAAGGGAGGUAGGGAGGCUCGGCUGCUGCUGUUGUGAAAAUAGCCUUGCUGCAAGGGAAAGCUGUAUGUGCUUUAAAAAAAAUAAUCCAGGAUGCUCUAACAUUAAAGAGAAGAAACCUCUUACGAAAGGCAGCACACAUGACUUCCCAAGUAUCCUGUAGCAUAACUCAAGGGCAGCUAAUGUAAGACAGUAUGUGUCAGCCCAGAGUUGCACUGCCAGAUCCUCUGCAAUGUUUUUUUAGCAUGCAAUAUGAGAGCUGUAUCUUGGGGUCCCCUGAAUUGUUUGAAAGGAUUCUGGUGCACCCUUUAGAUGCACAGUGAUGCACAUCAGCAACUUGAGAGGAGUUCCUCUAUACAAUCACAAGAAGUGUCCUGUGGGUGCCUAGAUUGCAUCCUGCCUCCAUUUCCCUUGGCCACCUUGAACCAGAGGGCGAGCUGCUGCCCUUACAAAAACAAAUCACACCUCCAGCAAUUGCUUGGAAUGCUUGUGCGGUCAAGUUGGCCUUGCGCACAUCCUGUUAACUGACCCACAAAGCUCCCUGGAAUGUUUCCAAGUUUCUUAAGGGAACAGACAUAUUGUGGGUAAUGUUAUCAGAUUGAAUUUGUCCCAAAUGAAACAGAAAUGAAAAGCAAGGGACGCUGCCGGCAUCUCCACUGAGUUGUGAGAGCAGGGCAGGGGAGGGAGAGAUUUCAGCAACCAGCAGUGUCAGCCUAAUUGUGUUUAGGUGAUUCUCUGGCCACACUGAAAGUCCUGACCUGCUGGUGAAACAGGAAGCCUGCAUUCCAUAAGGUCCAGAGAAACAACCGAAAGGUUUGUGCACCACGCCAAACAUCUAAUCUGAUGUAUUCUGAGUCCCAGAGCACAGUAUUUAAAGGCAAUUAUGAGAUAUGUCCAAAAAUGAGCCCAAAUAAUUAUUAGAUGUGCAAGAGCUGCAAGAACAUGAACAUACCCCGCAACUGUUCUGGUUUAAGCGGGACAUCCCAGAUCACAGAAGCCAAUUCUGGCUUCUGGAAGGUCCUGUUUAAGACUGGCACCCUGGUGUGAGUCAGUGUGCCUUUGCUUUGGCGAUUGUCAAAGGUUCGUGCCAAAGUGCCUCUGGGAGGCUGUGCUGACCACCACGGGAGGCUGCGGCAGAGGCAGGAGAAGAUGCAAGGGGAGAGCAAGCGAGCAAGCAAGCAAGUGACAGGGAUGGUGGGAUGGUGCUGGGAUUUCUCCUUCUGAAAUGUUGCAGGCUAUGGAUUGAAAGUGGCAUUUAAGCACCUCUUUACCUGGCCCAAUGCUACUGCCAGUGCUGCACAGCUUGUCAUCUACAGAGGUGAACAUGAAUCCCCCCACUGGUCCAGGUAGGUCAUUGCAAGCAUUGUCGCUUUACUCAUAGAAUCAUAGAAUCAUAGAGUUGGAAGAGACCACAAGGGCCAUCGAGUCCAACCCCCUGCCAAGCAGGAAACACCAUCAGAGCACUCCUGACAUAUGGUUGUCAAGCCUCUGCUUAAAGACCUCCAAAGAAGGAGACUCCACCACACUCCUUGGCAGCAAAUUCCACUGUCAAACAGCUCUUACUGUCAGGAAGUUCUUCCUAAUGUUUAGGUGGAAUCUUCUUUCUUGUAGUUUGGAUCCAUUGCUCCGUGUCCGCUUCUCUGGAGCAGCAGAAAACAACCUUUCUCCCUCCUCUAUGUGACAUCCUUUUAUAUAUUUGAACAUGGCUAUCAUAUCACCCCUUAACCUCCUCUUCUCCAGGCUAAACAUGCCCAGCUCCCUUAGCCGUUCCUCAUAAGGCAUCGUUUCCAGGCCUUUGACCAUUUUGGUUGCCCUCCUCUGGACACGUUCCAGUUUGUCAGUGUCCUUCUUGAACUGUGGUGCCCAGAACUGGACACAGUACUCCAGGUGAGGUCUGACCAGAGCAGAAUACAGUGGCACUAUUACUUCCCUUGAUCUAGAUGCUAUACUCCUAUUGAUGCAGCCCAGAAUUGCAUUGGCUUUUUAGCUGCCGCGUCACACUGUUGGCUCAUGUCAAGUUUGUGGUCAACCAAGACUCCUAGAUCCUUUUCACAUGUACUGCUCUCAAGCCAGGUGUCACCCAUCUUGUAUUUGUGCCUCUCAAUUUUUUUGCCCAAGUGCAAUACUUUACAUUUCUCCCUGUUAAAAUUCAUCUUGUUUGUUUUGGCCCAGUUUAGAGAAUCUGUCAAGGUCGUUUUGAAGUGUGAUCCUGUCCUCUGGGGUGUUAGCCACCCCUCCCAGUUUGGUGUCAUCUGCAAAUUUGAUCAGGAUGCCCUUGAGUCCAUCAUCCAAGUCGUUGAUAAAGAUGUUGAAUAAGACCGGGCCCAAGACAGAACCCUGUGGCACCCCACUAGUCACUCUUCUCCAGGAUGAAGAGGAACCAUUGAUGAGCACCCUUUGGGUUUGGUCAGUCAGCCAGUUACAAAUCCACUGAGUGGUAGCAUAGUCAAGACCGCAUUUUACCAGCUUCUUUACAAGAAUAUCAUGGGGCACCUUGUCAAAUGCCUUGCUGAAAUCAAGGUAGGCUACAUCCACUGCGUUCCCUUCAUCUACCAGGCUUGUAAUUCUGUCAAAAAACGAGAUCAGGUUAGUCUGACAUGACUUAUUUUUCAGAAAUCCAUGCUGACUAUUGGUGAUUCUAGGUGCUCACAGACUGUUUGCUUAAUGAUCUGCUCCAGAAUCUUCCCUGGUAUUGAUGUCAGACUGACUGGGCGGUAAUUAUUUGGGUCCUCUCUUUUCCCCUUUUUGAAAAUAGGGACAACAUUUGCCCUCCUCCAGUCUGCUGGGACUUCGCCUGUUCUCCAGGAAUUCUCAAAGAUGACUGCCAGUGGUUCUGAGAUCACAUCUGCCAGUUCUUUUAACACUCUUGGAUGCAGUUCAUCUGGCCCUGGAGACUUGAAUACAUCUAAACUAGCCAAGUAUUCUUGUACUAUCUCCUUAGUUAUUCUGGGCUGUGUUUCCUUUGCUGAAUCAUUUGCUCCAAAUUCUUCAGGUCGGGCAUUGUUUUCUUUAUCGGAGAAGACUGAGGCAAAGAAGGCGUUGAGGAGUUCAGCCCUUUCUGUGUCCCCUGUUUGCAUUUCACCAUCUUCUCCUCUGAGUGACCCCACUGUUUCUUUGUUCUUCCUUUUGCUACGGACAUACCCAUAAAAGCCUUUUUUGUUGCUUUUAACCUCUCUAGCAAGCACAACAAAAGCAGAGCAACCUCCCUCACCACAGCAUAUUUGUGGUAUAAAAGGUGACUGGAUUUCAGCAGCAAUUUACAGAAUAGGUGCUGGUGGGAAAUGUCUGCCCCUGAACUUUAUCAGAGGCAAGCAGCAUUGAAAGCUGAAUCACGUGUAAUCUCCCUAUGCAAUUGCGAGCAUAUAUCGCUAUAAAUGCACAAUAAGGAUGGAGAGACAGCACUGAAGUAGACAUCUGCAAUGCAGAGGGAAGACCCAUCCAGUCUAAAAGGCAAAAAAGGUUCUCUUGCUUCAAGAUCUGGGACUUUUGCAGGCAUGCCGCUUUAAGGUCGCCAGCUGGCUCCACCACAAGAGAGGAAAUGGGAAGAGUGUCUGCAAGAAACUUGCAGAGAAGCAGACUGCGUAGUUUUACACUGGUAUGCAGUGGUCAGAACGUCUGUCAAAUCCAUUUGAUUUGGAAAACACAAACAGCAAAGACAUUCCAAGGGACCUGCAGGAAGCAAUGGGUUCAUCAGCAUAUCAUUAAAUGCUGUGUGCCACACAGCCAGGGCACCAUUCUUUGCAGUCAGUUCAUGGCAGACACUAUCGCUGUCACCCAAGUACAAUCAAACUGGGAUUUCAUUGGAGAUUUUCAGCCCCUUUGAAAAUGGGUUACUAUCCUGAAAAAGCUGGCAGACUUAUCCAAGGCAUUCUUUUUCAUUGGAAAGUGGUUGAGCUUUCUCUGAUGCCAUGCUGAGAGGGAUUCUGUAUUCUCAUGAUGCUUUCCUCCCUGCAAUAUUUUAAAGUUUUCAUGCUGCAAAUAAGUCUUGCGGAAUCACGUGAUAAUCUUUCUGCCAAGACUACAAGCUGCAUGAUGCAGUGUGACUGCGACGGGUACAAUGCGCACGCAGCCAUGACUUGAAGUAAAGGUAAAGGGACCCCUGACCAUUAGGUCCAGUUGUGACCGAAUCUGGGGUUGCGGUGCUCAUCUCACUUUAUUGGCCGAGGGAGCGGGCGUACAGCUUCUGGGUCAUGUGGCCAGCAUGACUAAGCUGCUUCUGGCAAACCAGAGCAGCACACGGAAACGCCGUUUACCUACCCGCCAGAGUGGUACCUAUUUAUCUACUUGCACUUUGACAUGCUUUCGAACUGCUAGGUGGGCAGGAGCUGGGACCGAACAACGGGAGCUCACCCGCUUGCGGGGAUUCGAACUGCCGACCUUCUGAUCGGCAAGUCCUAGGCUCUGUGAUUUAACCCACUUGAAGUUAUAAGUCAUUAAUAUUGACAGAUUGGCAGCACAAGUGGCAAUGGUUGUCAUUUCCCCAUGAAAAUCUGCAUAGGAAAAAAAUGAUUUGAAAUAGAUUUCUCUGCACACAGAUGUCACACAUCCCUGGUGGGCAGAGGGAGGGCAAGAAUCUCUCCCCCAAGCCCCUUCUCUCUCCCCUGCUCCCUGUAUCUCUUAUCUUCAUCAAUCUCCCUCUUUCCGUCAAUAUAUAGACAGUGGAACUUCCCAAGGGAAGGACAGCACUAGAAUUUGCUGAUGCAGGAUAUACUGUGGCUGACAGAUGUGGAGGAAUCCCUGAAGCAUCAAUCAGCAUUGCCCAGAAACCACAGUCCAAAGUUGGAGGAUGCUUGUAUAAGGAACAUCACUCUGGAGCAGAGUAGCAAUUAACUCUCAAGCCAAUAGUGCAGCAGCCACACAUUAUCUCUCCCUAGAGAUUAGAGAUGGCUUCUCACUUCACAGUAUACAUUCACAUGGUCUAGGCCAAAGCCAGCCAUCAUUCCAGGCUAAAGAACGAGCAUGUGUUUCUAAAGAAAACAAACAAGAAAGGGUGGUAACCUCUACAAUUAUUGCACAAUUCCCUCUGGUCAGAGGCUCGGCUAAACAUUUACAUUUUAGCCAUAGGAAGAACCGCACUUGAUUUCCUUGUGGAUAAAAUACACAUCCUAAUUACACACUUCCUUGGGAGAAGGAGCCAUUCAAAUCAUCUGAAUGUGCUUCCUGGCUGGGAAGCCUUAUAUGGGAAGCUGCCUGAUCCUGGCUCAGACCAUUAAUCUAUUUAGCUCAGUAGUGUCUACACAGAUUGGCAGUGGCUCUCCAGGGUUUUGGGCAGGCAUCUCCCAGCCCUCCCUGGAGAUGCCAGGGUCUGAACCUGUAACAUGAUGCAUGCAAAGCAGAUCCUCAGCAGGUACCCCUGCUGGUAUGCUCUGGCUGGGUGCAGGAGUUCUAUUCAAAUCAUAUCCAACUAAUGCCACACUUUUUGCAGGAGUGAGAAACAUACCUUCAUCAGAAGUGGGACUUGCCCUCAAUAAAGCACUGGGUUCUGACUAAGGUCUGCUUCCCUGCCCGUCACCCUUCCCUUAUGCUGGUUUGGGUUUUGCUAGCAUACACGUUAUAUCUGCAGCACCCUCCUGCCAGCCGAGGAGUAUUGCUGAAUCAGUUUUUCCUGCAAGUCUUGCAUUGUACUCCACCAAUCCAUGGGGAGUUGGUACAAUCCUAUCCUCAAGUCUGUAUCUGUCAGGGGCUGGCUGGGCGAUGAGGAGUGGUGGGAGGUUUCAGCUGAAGAACCCCCUAGGGAAACCUCAGAAGAGGAAGGUUCAGAGCCAGGGGAGUGGUGGUGGGACACAGGUCAGAGGAUGAGGGGGGGGGGCAGAAUGGUAGCAUGCUGAACAAGCAACAGGCUUGAGUGAGAGAGAGGAAGAAGGGGCAGAAAGCACUGCAGACCUAGGACAGCUGAGGCGGGGGGGCUCAAUCUGCAACAGGAGCCUGCCAGUCCUACUGUAUUCAGCCCCCAUGCUUCCUUAUCUCGAAGGGCAUGGAAAGAUUUGCAUGCAGCAGAGCAAAGAGCACAGAGAGCCCCUCCCCAAUGGCUGGGGAGGAAACUGGGGGGGAAGUGGGAGGGACAGUUCUGGCAACUGCUUUCCUGGGGCAGUCUUGCCAUAGGUUUAUCUGCUUGUAUUCUGUUUCCUUGAAUAAAGAAUUAGCUUUAUUGCUUGUAUCUGAGUCUCCAUGCUGACCUACAGCUGACAAUAUCCCAUGUAAUGACAGGAUAGAAACUUCUGUUCAUACAUCCCUGUUCCUUUCUUCCAGGGCUUGUUCUGAAUGAACUAGAUUUUAGGUCUCAUUCAGGUGUGAACUGCAGAAAAGUGACGGCCUUAUUGGUCAGUCAUUGAACCCAAACUCUGCUUUAGCCCUUGUGAAACUGGAUGCUGAUCUACACACUCCCCUUAUACAUAAGGGCCUAACUGCCAUGCUGUUUACUGCUGCCUGUUUAGAGAUUGCCUCUCAUUGGAAAGACUCCAAAGAUCCAUCUCUGAUGGGAUGGGAAGGGAAAAUUUGGGAUCUGGCUCUUCCUGAGCAUUUGAUGCAACACAGAAAGGGUGUCAGAGGCCAAACUAAACACGAUCAUUUUGACAAGGUAUGGUUCCCAUAGAUCAGCUAUGUAAACAGAAGUGAUGUUAAUGUCAGACCUCCAGCCACUCAUGCUUACUUAUGGUGAGGUUUUGUCACGGAUAGUUGAAGUCUUGGCAAAGUAUUCAAUGACUUAGUUAUUUGACAGUCUCCCAGCUCCACUUUUUUUCCCUUGUAUGCGACCAAUGUAUACAUGUAACACCCUACAGGUUUUCUUAGUGUUUAUUAAUGUCAUUUUACUAUAAAACCAAUAAAACUUUGUAAAAAGGUAAAUAAAGCAGCCUCAAAUUUCUGAUACCAUUUUUGUGAUACAACGUGGGAAGCCAGGACUCAAGUAUCAAGUCCAUGGUGAGAUCUGUGAGCAACAGGUGACCUCAGUGCAAUGUACUGUUGCCCCCUCCAAUCAGAACUUACUAAACACAUUUUUGAAAGUCUUCGUUGUGUGGAUGCCGCCAGAUUGUCAGUAUUUUGCAUGUGGGAUUCAAGUGCAUACCAGAAGUUUAGGCUUGCACAAUUAAAGUGGACCAAAGAACUCUGUCAUCCCAGCACAACAAAUCCACUCCCCCCCCAAAAAAAAUGACUUUUAGUGGUUCAGAAAGUGCUGGGGAAAUGCAGUACAAAUCGUGGGAUGAGCAAAUGAUUAAAGAGAAGCCUCUGCAAGCAAAUCUCCGGAAGAUCUAGAGGAAUGCUUGUUGUGCUAUAACCAUCCCAUAAACAAAGAGCACAUGCUCAGUAAAGACUGGACAGAGUAUUAACAACCUUGUAAGCUUUGUGCAAGAAAAUCAGGAUGAAUGAUGCAUGGGUCAACAGGCCAUCCAAAGCCGCGCAGGGAUACUUUCUUUUCAGGGAAUCUAACAGCUCGUGCAAAGAGGGAGAGUUGGUCCAAACAUGUGACCUUUUGGUAAUUUUAUACCACAUAUCAGGACUUUUGACAAUCAAUCCAGUCAAUCCUACUUCUAAUUUUUGGAACUAAUGUAGCCAACGUUUCGAAUUACUGCAAGAAUAUAUUCACUUUGAUCUGCAAGGUUGCAUAGCAGAGAAGGAAGCACUAAAGAGAAACAUUAUGCAAACAAAAGCCAAUGUCUCGGUCCUAUGUGAGGAACAAGAGACUUGCAAUGUCUGAAAUCAAUAAAGUCCUAAAUCGAGCUAAUCAAGUAAUUGUUUCAGAGAAGGAAACUGGUGGAUUGGUUUGGAUAGUUUAAAGCAGUUCAUUUCCCUUGUGGUAAAUCACAACAUAGUGAAAAGGAUCAUGUAGCAAAUUACUGCACUGGAAACAGAGGUUACAGUAAUUAAUGCAUACCAUUGUAACUCUUGAUUAAAGAGGUCCUUUUACAACAAGCCGUGUCUGCACAACUUGUCUGGCUCAUACCAAGGACAGCAGUAUAAUAAAAAAACAAAACAAAACAGUAUUUCUGUUAAUGCUAACAUGCAGAAAUGUGUUUCCAAAAAGGUUUCCUUUGCCAAGCAGGGAAGGGGGGGUGGGAUGUAUUUCACUGAACAGAAAUUAUUCUCUCCCAGGCCCAGCCAACAAUAUUUUGGAUCACUUCCAGAUGGAAUCUGGACUUUGAAGCAACAAUAUCCCUGUUGAGAGCACAUUGUAUAUCAUAAGGUAUUUAGCCAAAAGGGCAUGGAAAUGUAAUUCAUAGCCUCAAGUGCACUCAAGUUCAAAGAAGGUGGUUUUGUGGGUUCUUCUCCCCCCACAUUUGUUUUCCAUUAAUGUAACCAACACGUUUUCAAGAAUGAGAUAUAACAACAGCAUGAAUACAGGCACUGAUUGAGGUCCUAGAUUUUAGGAGAUAUACUGUAGGAGCCUCUAAGAAACAGCAACAUCUGUGACCCUGUUCAUACUCCAGACAAAAUGGGCACCAUCAACAUGUGGUGGAGCAGCAAGAUCACACCUGUUCAUUCUGAUCCUAACCCUGCCUUGUUUGUACAAACAACGCAUGUGCAUGUAGUGCUCAAAACAUUUUAGUUCAUGUAUAGUUUCAGAAAGUGCGGAUUUGAUAGGUUCAGCUAUAAGUACAAAUCAAAUUGAAUGUCUCCUCCAUCCCUAAGCUUGAUGGGCAAAUAUAAUAUAAUGCAACUUCCUACAUGUUUCCAGUGAUGCCAACCGAAAGUACAGGUUUUAAUGUUUCAAGCCCUCCAGAAGGAUCACCUCCUUCCAUGUAUAUUUUCCCAGACCUCAUAGUCAUAAUUGGAGGCCCCUGUUUGAACGUCCAUGACUAGAUUCAGAGGGUGGCUGCUUGCAAGAGAAUCUAGUCUGUGGUCUGUCCUGCAGAACACCCUCCCAAGAGAAGCUCUCCUUUUCAGUGCUAGGUGAAGACUUCUAAAGGGUAUUUAAGAACUUUUUAGAGGCUUUUAAGGCGUUGACAGUUCUGAAUUUUUGCAAGUUUUAACUCUGCUUGUUGUGCUGUGAGUAGUACUGGUUAAUUUUAAGCUCUUCUGCCAUUUGGUUUUAUGCCGCAUUUGUAUUUUUGUCAUUUUGGGUUCCUUAUGUCAAUUUCUCAAGAGAGAACUUUGAUUAUGGGGUGGUUUAGAAAUAUUGUGAAUAAAUACGUAAAGGGCCUUUAAUCCCAGCCAAUGUACUCAACAAUUGUUUUCAUGAGAAAGGAGGUACAGAGAGGAACUGAGAGGAGCCAAUCCAAUGAUGGCCAUUAGCCAAGAGCAGCAGGAUUUGACACAUGUAUUUCCGGCUGCAAAAGGAACCGCAAGAGCAAACUGGUGCUCCGCACGAAUAUUCCCAGGCUGAAAACUUCCCUUCAGGAUCUGGAGCUGCCUGUGUAAAAGGGAAAAGGGAAGCCUCUGGUUUCCCAUCUGCGCCCUGGACAGAUGAUCAAAGCCUGGCACUGGUGUUGACAAUCUGGUGAUGAGGCUUUGGAUGAAGCUUUCCACUGUGGGCGAACAAACAGAAAUGCCAGCCCCCUCCUGUGGUAUUUUGCUGUGCCAGUGCAGAACUCCCAUAAGGGAGGGGAAAGCCUUAGGAGGAGAAGGGUGUGUGUGUUGGGGUGCAACUCCUGCAGCCAAGCUCUUUGUGCGCCGCAGUGCUGCCACCGCAUCGUGUGGUGUUUGCUACCAAUCAAGCAGUGCUCCAGAAGUUGCUGGACUCCAAUUCCCAUCACCCCUGACCGCUGGCCAUGCUGUCUCGGGCUGAAGGGACCUGGAGUCCAACAAUACCCGCAGUGCUGCUGGUUUCCCCAUUUUUGGACUAAAGAUUCAGGUAGGAGUUGUGUAAAGCAAAGGCCAUUUUAUGCAGCAAGCAAAAAAGAGAGAGGAAGAACUCUAGAUGCUAAACAUGUAGUUUAUUAUAAACCCAGUAUCUUUUCACAGCAGUAUGCAGUAUUCCUUCAGCAUGAGAACUGUUGCUAAAGCAUGCCCCUGAAGAAAGAAUUUUCCAAAAUUCAUUGGGCUUAUAAUAAACUGCACCUGGAGUUCUUUCUCUUCCAUGGUGCCAUACCAGUUUUGUGGCUAUUUUUCUACCCUUAGUAAACAAGCCUUCUCCAAACUCCUCACUUUCUGUCUCCCUCCUGUCUUGGUGCUGUCUGCAUGGCCAAGGACUCAGCUAGACUGGUAAAGAAAAAGUGAUUUAUAUGCGUUGUAUAUGCCAUAUAGUAAGGGACGCGGGUGGUGCUGUGGGUUAAACCACAGUGCCUAGGACUCGCCGAUCAGAAGGUCAGCGGUUUGAAUCCCCACAAUGGGGUGAGCUCCCGUUGCUCGGUCCCUGCUCCUGCCAACCUAGCAGUUCGAAAACAUGUCAAAGUGCAAGUAGAUAAAUAGGUACCUCUCCGGCGGGAAGGUAAACGACGUUUCUGUGCACUGCUCUGGUUCGCCAGAAGCGGCUUAGUCAUGCUGGCCACAUGACCCAGAAGCUGUACGCUGGCUGCCUCGGCCAAUAAAGCGAGAUGAGCGCCGCAACCCCAGAGGCAGUCGUGACUGGACCUAAUGGUCAGGGGUCCCUUUACCUUUAUAUGCCAUAUAACAUUGUGCCGCCAGAUGGCGAUGUGGAGUCCUGUUUUUCUCUACCUGUUUUCCCUGUUUAAAAUUACAAUGCUUUAAACUGAAACGCUCCUUUGGUGUGUCUAGAUCCAGCCCAAGUCACUGAGUUUUUUCCCCUGCCUGCUACUUCCGCAACUGUCCUGUCUAAUUCCACGUACACAGAGGGAAAGCAAGUCACCAGGGAAAGAACUGCCCACCUGCGUUGUUGUACCUAUUAUAUUAAUUUGUGGAUAGCUUUCCACAUGAGUCUCGAGCCAAUUCAAAACAACUAAAAAUAGCUUUAAAGACAAUACCAAACCCACCCACUCCAGCAAGUAAGAUAUACAGAAUAAAUACUUAAGCUGGAAAAGCUGGUAGGAUUAAAAAAAAAAAAUGUCUCAAAUUGUUUCCAGAAAGGACAAAUCUCAACAGGGAUGCUGUUCUCCAGAAUGGGGGUGGCAGCAGAACUGUUGACAGAAACCCUAUACUAAGAAGUCUGGGGAAUCUGUCCCCCCCCUUGGAUGUUACUGGACUAUACCCACCAGCCCUAGGCCAGUGGUCGAGGUAUCACCUGAGUUGUGCUCUAGCCACACAUGGAGGACCACAGUUUCCCCAUCCUUUAGAACCUCUUUGUGGCUUCCUGACAUUGAGGGACUCCACAAAGGACCAUCCUUCACAGGGACAAUAUGUAGGUGGCACACACUUUCCACCUGAGAACGCAGGUGAGUUGAGCAGGGUAGGGUGGUGUUCACAAAGCUGAUACAGUUCUGGAGGGCUCACAUGAAUAAGCCAAGCCUCAUAAUACAGGCCUUGACAGGCAGCAAGCGAGCUUGUCAGCUCCUUUGUCUCGCUCCGCAAAUGGUCACCGCUUUGUUCUUUCACCCCUCUGCACUGAUGCAGGAGGUACGCUGGGGACAGGCCAAAAGUCUUCCUCUGAGCUACUUCUAGGAUGCAAUUUUGCCAUUUCAGAUCUCGCCUUAAUCUUGUUCGCACUCCUCUUAGAUACCAUUCCACUGGAUUAUCUCCAUGGUGAUUCUUUAACCAUCUGGUGCUCCUUUUGUCAUUUGCCGUGGAUUAUUUUAGGGUUUGAAGAAGCAUUUCUAAAUGAGAAGUGUGAGGGGGUGUGUGGUUAAAAUAGACCCCACUCUCAGAUUGUCUCUUACAUUUCUCUACUCCUCUUUCCUCUUACUCUAGGAGAAACAAUGUCAAAACAAAUUUAAAAAUGCCACAAAUAAAAAGGUAACCGGCAUUUUGAGCAAACCAUUUGCCGUCCUUUCCAGUUCCUUUUUUCCCCUAGCACACCCUCCAUAGGCUUUUCAUAAUAAAGCAAGCCUCAUGUUGCCAUCUUUUAAACUCACCCUGCUCCUGUGCCUUUCAGAGCAGCCUGACACACAGAAAUUGAAGUGAUGCCAGGGCUUUUUUCCAGCUGGAACUCAAUUCUGGGACCUCUCAGUUGGGCACCAUUGCCAUGUUAAGAGAACAAGGGAGGUGUUUGUGGUGAGUUCCGGCACCUCGGUUUCUAGAAAAGUAGCACUGAGCAACCCUAUUCUUGGCAUGAAGACAUGAUGCAUUUCUGCUGUUAAAUCUGUCAGGCUGCUGUUAAAAUGCACAGGAGCAUGCCCAGUAAAAAAGGUGGUAAAAAUGCUUAUCAAAGACUGCAAAUAAUGUGUACUCCAUCCCAUAUAUAGGGACACAGGUGGCACUGUGGGUUAAACCACAGAGCCUAGGGCUUGCCGAUCAGAAGGUCAGCUGUUCGAAUCCCCGCGACAGGGUGAGCUCCCAUUGCUCCUGCCAACCUAGCAGUUCAAAAGCACAUCAAAGUGCAAGUAGAUAAAUAGGUACCGCUUCGGCGGGAAGGUAAACGGCGUGUCUGUGUGCUGCUCUGGUUCGCCAGAAGCGGCUUAGUCAUGCUGGCCACAUGACCCGGAAGCUGUACGCCUGCUCCCUCGGCCAAUAAAGCGAGAGGAGCACCACAACCCCAGAGUCGGUCACGACUGGAGCUAAUGGUCAGGGGUCCCUUUACCUUUACCUAUCCCACAUAUUCCUUUUGUCCAUGGCAUAAGUUUCGCUCAUCCUUCUCUCUAGGGUGAAAUGGCACUGUCGUCCAUAUGAAAGCCAAGAAUUUUGUGGCUCAGCUCCAUCCUGCCUGCCUCUAUAACGUUUUAUUUUCCCACAUGCAAGCACCUCCUGGUAUAGAAAAUAUAUAUGAAAUGCCUCCCUCUGGCUUCUUAUUUGGAUUCUGGCAGCAACUGAGGCUGGGCAGGGCACCAUAAUUCAAAACCUCAGUCUCCCCUGCCCCACCCCUUCCCCCAUGCCAGUACUCUCCUGGAAAAGACAGCAGGGCUGGAUCUAGGCACAUCAAAGAAGUGUUUCAGUCUAAAGUGUUGCAAAUUUAAACAAGGAAAACAGGUAGAGAAAAUCGGGAGUCCACGUCGCCAUCUAUUAGCACAAUGUUAUAUCGCACAUACAACACAUACAAAUUGCUUUUUCUUUACCAGUCUAGCUGAGUCCCAGUUUACAUCCAAGUAUUAACGGCUACUUUAGGAAGUAAUUUACAUUGAUUGCAAUGGAGAUUACUCUAAACAAGCAGGCCUAAGUUCUCAAUGUUAAUUACUAGAGCAGACAACAGAUCGAGCACAUAUUUCUCCUGUGGUUAGGGAUGGGGAAGAAAUUUGAUUAAGUUCAUACUUAAAGGUGAAUGUUCUAAAUUCACAGUUUCUGAAAUAAUGCAGAAACUGCAUUUGAAAUUUGCACUUCUCUGAAUUUUGCAAUGUAGUUUUCCAGCAGAGUAAUGUGUACAAAAACACACAGACUGAGGCAAAAGGUGCAUAUAUCAGUGAAUACAACACAAACAUGCAUUAUAUUAGGGAAAUGUGUUUUGGCAAAGGGUGAUUAUUAGGCAACACUGCGUACAAAAUGAGCUUUUUAAGAGAAACAUUAAUUUCGAAACCUAUUUUUUGGGGUUUGGGGGUGGGACCACAAAUUGCUGCAGAAAUGUAGAGAACCGAAUAAAGAGAAACAGAAAGAACUGAAAUUGACAGAUCCAUCCAUCCCCACCUCUGGCAGUCUCAUUUAUAUUUGGUAAGGGCAGUAUCCAAGCAAAUUAAAACAUUUUUAAGGGUGCAGUCCCAUGCACACCUAUGAGACAGUUCUCUCAAAUUCAGAGGGAUCUACACCUGAGCACACAUGCAUGGAUCAGGCUACAGGUUCAGCUGAUUUCAGGGGAAGAAAAGUAAGCACAUAUUUUAUUUUCCCAUUGAAAUCCAUUGGGUCAACACCCUUAACAAACUAUGGGAUUGUUUAGGGGAAGCCAUGAGUGUUAAAGUGGUAUAGCGUUUUUUAAAUGUGUGGUGUGGAUGUGACCUCUAUACUGAGUAGAGCCAGAACGAAAUGCAUUCGGGUAAUGAUGUUUUUCUUUUGAAGAACUAGUGCACCUUUUGCUAAAAUGUAAAAGCACACAGAAAACUACAGUCACAGAGUUGCUAUCACCACCUUGUCUGCCCCCCCCUUGCCACAUCUGCCGGUAUAAAAACUUAUGAAAAUCCAGGAGAUGGGAUUUUGCAUCUCCAAGAGUGUGACUAUACAUGCUGCCCUGAUGCAAAACCAAGAACUCAGCUUGUUAGGUCUAUGUGUCAGAGGUAAAGGACAGAAAAUGUAAACCCACCAUCCCAUUCCAAGUACUGCCAUUGCAUCUGGGGACAGGGCUUUAAAAAGUGGAGUAAAUUUUGGAAAACUACACUAUAGGGAUUAUAGCAAUCAGGAACAAUAGAGAAUGCAAGCUCCAGUGGUGAUUACAGCUACAUCACAUUGCAAUUUAUACUGUGCAUUUACUGAGCAAUUAUCCAUGAUUCUAAUCCAAGAGACAAUUACAUGUCCCAGCAUGGAGCUUGGUUAGAAAUGUAUCUAAUACAGUGGUACCUCAGGUUACAAACACUUCGGGCUACAGAUUCCACAACCCAGAAAUAGUACCUCGGGUUAAGAACUUUACCUCAGGAUGAGAACAGAAAUUGCACGGUGGCAGCGCGAGGCCCCAUUAGCUAAAGUUGUACCUCAGGUUAAGAACGGUUUCAGGUUAAGAACGGACCUCCGGAACGAAUUAAGUUCGUAACCAGAGGUACCACUGUAUAAGAGGUCUCCAGUUAUUUGCUUUCAGGCAGAUUUACUGCUGAUAUUUAGACAUGACUGCCCUCUAGUGGAACUUGCUUUCUUUCUCAAGCCAUAAAAAUCUGCUCUCUGUCUCCUUGACUUGCAGGGAACUGUGCAUCAGGUAUACCACUGUGGUAACUGUGAGAAGAGGAUACUGAAUUAGUUGGACCUUUGGCCUUAUCCAGCUGGACUCUUCUGGUGAUAAGGACUGAGAGGUCUAAAGAUUAAAGAAGUCCUUGGAGCAGGACGCUAGAAGGAUUUUGGUCUGCCUGAAAAAGAUACAAUGAGGAGCGAGUGAUUUAUCUCUUUUCCUCCACACAUAAAGAAUCAUAUAAUUGUAGAGCUGGAAGGGACCCUGAGAAUAAUCUAGUCCAACCCCUUGCAAUGCAAGGAUAUGCAAGCUAGUCCAAAUAUAUGUAGGACUGAACCUGAUGGACACUUGGCCAUGUCUGGUGGGCUUAAGUAUCACUCUCGGCACAUAUAUAACGACUAGCAGACAAUGUUCCAUUCAGACAUUUGUUUGGAACCUGAAGUAUAUUUAAUACAUCUUUUAGAGAAGAUCAGACCAAAAGACUGAAAACAUCUUGUAUGUGACGACAGCAGCUAGAGUUUUGAUAGCACAAAGAUGGAAGACACAGGAGAUACCGACUGUAAAGGAUCAUGGCAGACAAAGUUGGUCGAGUACGCAGAAAUGGCAAAACUGACUACAAGCUAGGGACAAGGAUAACUGUGACGUCAAAGAUGAAUGGACCUUACAAAGUAUCCAAAGACGCAAUGGAGUAACUGACUCUUGAUGGUUUGAUAUAAGUGUCACGAACUGUUAUGAUAAUUAUCAGCAAGUACGUUAGCAGGACUGAAGUAAAUCUUAUGUCAUGGUGUAAUCUUUAACUAAUGAAACUGUGAAUUAAAGAUUGGAAUAAGAAAACUUGCGGAAGGGAAGGAGGGAAGUCAAUGGCUCCACGGAGCAUAAAGUAGGAUACCUGUAAUAAGACUUGAUGUUUUUGUUUGUUGGUGUUGGUGUAUUUAAAAUGAAAACUCAAUAAAAAGCAUAUAUAUAUAUAUAAAAAGAACCUGUGACCUUGGCGUUAUCAGCACCAUGCUCCAACCAACUGAGCUAUUUAGUAUUAGACAGUUAACUGGAUUAACUGUUUGGUGACAGCCUCCCACCUCCUCCCAUGUAGUGCUUGUGUCUGUCGAAAAGUUAUUGUAUAAACUGGUUGGAUUCCAUUUUUAGAUUUGCUGAAAGGAAAUGUUUUGGAGAGGCGCCGAGACUUUCUUAGAAACUUCUGACUGAUGCACCUGGUAUACAAGGGGGUUGUACAAUAUCUGCACCAAGAGCAAUAUGCAGGAUCUGUGUCAUAGGUACGGAGAAUUAUUUCUAUCGACAGGAGUAUUGCAAAAUGUGAGGAGUGCAUGUAAACAGGAGGAGAUCAUUUUAAUUAAACAAGCAAUAUGUAUUUUACUAAUUUGGAAUUCUUCAAAGGCAUCGGUAGGUUAUUUGUAUGGACACACAAGCUAUUUUAUUAAUAUGAGACAAGGAAAGCAGAUGCUAAAGAUGAAAAAGACUUUAGAUCCACAACAGCAAGAAACAUUGAAAUCAAAGAGGUCAGCACAUCUCUUUUCAGCACAGAAUCCCCCAGAGAACAACCACCAAGUCAAGCUUGGGCUGCCAGCUCUGCACCACAGCGCCCCCUCCUGGCACAACUACGAGUCAGUAUGCACUGAACAUCAGAUGAGCCUGAAACCUGCUCUGACUCUCUCUUCCUUUGUCUGUCUCUCUGCUGUUGACUAGAAAAACCUCAGGGGAAAGUGCACACACAGAUCCCCUGCAUCCACAAAUAAUGCACUCACAUUUCCCAUUUGUUUAGUCAUUUAGUCGUGUCUGACUCUUCGUGACCCCAUGGACCAGAGCACGCCAGGCACUCCUGUCUUCCACUGCCUCCCGCAGUUUGGUCAAACUCAUGCUGGUAGCUUCGAGAACACUGUCCAACCAUCUCGUCCUCUGUUGUCCCCUUCUCCUUGUGCCCUCCAUCUUCCCCAACAUCAGGGUCUUUUCCAGGAGUCUUCUCUUCUCAUGAGGUGGCCAAAGUAUUGGAGCCUCAGCUUCAGGAUCUGUCCUUCCAGUGAGCACUCAGGGCUGAUUUCCUUCAGAAUGGAGAGGUUUGAUCUUCUUGCAGUCCAUGGGACUCUCAAGAGUCUCCUCCAGCACCAUAAUCCAUAAGCAUCAAUUCUUCGGCGAUCAGCCUUCUUUAUGGUCCAGCUCUCACUUCCAUACAUCACUACUGGGAAAACCAUAGCUUUAACUAUACGGACCUUUGUUGGCAAGGUGAUGUCUCUGCUUUUUAAGAUGUCACUGCCUUGCUGUGGUGAAGGGGCUUGAAUAACUCAGAGGAGCUAUGAGCUAUGCCGUGCAGGGCCACCCAAGAUGGACAGGUCAUAGUGGAGAGUUUUGAUCAAAUGUGAUCCACCUGGAGCAGGAACCGGCAAGCCACUCCAAUAUCCCUGCCAAGAAAACUUCAUGGACAAAGACAACAGGAUUUCCCAUACAUUUGGGGAAUUUUCAGGGGUCCCAUGCCAGAUUACCAUAUUUUUUGCUCUAUAAGACUCACUUUUUCCCUCCUAAAAAGUAAGGGGAAAUGUGUGCGCGUCUUAUGGAGCGAAUGCAGGCUGCGCAGCUAUCCAAGAAACCAGAACAGCAAGAGGGAUUGCUGCUUUCACUGCGCAGAGAUCUCUCUUGCUGUUCUGGCUUCUGAGAUUCAGAAUAUUUUUUUCUCUUGUUUUCCUCCUCCAAAAACUAGGUGCGUCUUGUGGUCUGGUGCGUCUUAUAGAGCAAAAAAUAAGGUAAUUGUAGAUAGGGUGAAAAAGUGAGUGGUUGCCAUCCCCACUAUCAUUUUUUAACCUGCCCUGAAGGACACUUUCGAUUGCAUGGGCUAGGCUACUUUCAGAUCAGAUGCAUCUCUGAAAAGUAAUAAACAAAUCUGAGCACACUAUUUGGACAGUUUGGAGAGCCAGUGUUGUUUAGGGAUUAGAGCAAUGGACUAGGACCCAGGAAUUCAGGGUGAGACUCACUGAGUGACUUCAAGCCAGUCACAAUACCUUAGCAUAGCCUAAUAGAAUCAUAGAAUUGAGUUGGAAGGCACCAUGAGGGACAUCUAGUCCAACCCCUGCAAUGCAGAAAUCUUUUGCCCAAUGUGGGGCUUGUAGUAGCCCUGUGUUUGUAUGUGUGCACACUAUCCAUUUAAAAAUCACAGUAUUUUUUGGCUUCUUCCAGUAUCUGGGCACUGCUGGCUCUCCCUGCCACUUGAACAAUAAUGCCAGGGCCCUGGCUCCUCUUCCUUGGAAUAGGCUGCAUUUAGUGGCACGCUGCAAAGUCUGCCUUUUUUGUAUCCCACUGUAAUGUGCACCACGCAAAACUGUUGCUGAACUACAUGACUAGAAAGGAAUGCACACAAGUCAGGAUUUCUUCAACCUAACACUUGAAUUGCCCUCAUGGCCGUGACCUGGCAAGAAUCCUAUUUUAAAUCAGUUCUUUUCCCAGGAAACAAUUUAAACAGCAAACAGCUCAGCAAACAGAUGGCAACCGAAAAAGCUGACACAAGGUGGACAUUCCACAGCUGCUGCCUGUUUGAGACUUGUGACAAAUAAUUUUCAGGCAGAAGCGAUGUUUUAAUGAGAAAAGGGACAAAUUCUGCAGGCAUAUGGUCAAAUUCUAGGAGUUGCUACGCUGUUGAAGCGGUGCACCGAGGCCUGGAUUAACCAUUAAGCAAAACAAGCACACGCUUAGGGCAUCAAGGCAAGGAAGCACCACAGAAACUUUCCAUUGCCAGAUUUUUAAUAUUAAUGGUCACAAAUUGCUCUGCUGAGUGUUCGUUUUCUUGGCUGAGGUAUAUUAAAAAUCCCAACAGAACAACUAUGCAACAAGGCAGGCUGGGUGCUUUAUCUCAUCUAAGUAUAGAAGCUGGUGUAUUACAUAAGGUUAGUUUUGAGGAUCUGAUAUAAGACUUUGCCAUUAGAAACAGUAGGAGAAAAAAAAUUCAAAUAAUAAAGUGGAAGUAUACAAAAAUAAACAUUGUUUUCCAUCCUACAGUAGGUUUUGUUUCAUUUCCAAAAAUAAAAAUCUAUUUUAUGGUUUACUAUUGUUUAUAUUUUGAAUCAGAUAUAUAUGGGGGCACCAAAGCCUUUUAGGUGUUUAGGGCCUCUAAAGGUCUUAAUCCAGCCCUGGGUGCACACAAUGCAAUGCUGUAGCUGUGGUUUGAAGGAGACAAGUCUAUCCCUUUGCUCAGGGCUUAGAUGCUUUCCCAGCCCUUUGAUGAUGGUGCCUGCAUAGCUGUUUCUCCCACGGUCCUUACUAAACUAACUUCUGACACAAGCCCCAUUCCUUAGCUGUAGUGGGGGUGGAAAGGAUAAGGGCAGUCUUUUUCUUUCUGGUAGGAGUUUCCUGGGAAAAUAUUUCAGGCGUAGGAAGAUGCCAGUCACCUAUAACUCAAGAAGAGACAUGCCCGGUUUAAGUUACAGGAGGUCAUGACUAGGGAGCCUAAUUGGCUAAAUCUUUGAAGUUCCAACAUCAGCAAAGAACAGUUAGGGAAGAAGGGUGUGUGUGUGUGUGUGUGUGUGUGUGUGUGUUUAGUAUGUGGUAUUUUUUUGUCAAGUUAGUAAUAUGGGCAAGAAUUAUUAUACAAAAGUUGCUUGGAGCAGCCCACAAAAUAUCAGUCCGCCAAUAUUAGUAAAUCACCAUGACACUCUCUUUUAAGCCAAAGUUGAAGGCCUGAUUCAUUUACACAACCGCUUGGGAGCCCCUUCCCCAUUGCUUGGUGCCACAACACUCCAACAAUGCAUAUGGAGAAACUUUGAGAGUGAGAUAAGUGACCUAGCAGCUUUCCAUGCAAGCAUCAACCUUAAACCAUAAUUUAAAAUAAACUGUGGUUCAAGAAGAGUUUGGAUUUGAUAUCAGAAAUCACAGGUUGAGCCCCAGAGAGAGAGGGGCACCUUGCAUGUGAAGCUCUCAGCUCCAAAUCCAGUUCCAUCCAGUGGACUAUACUGCUUGAUUCAAGGAAGUAAGCUUGGGACAAUCAAGGCCCUGCCAGGAAAUGAAGAAUUAGCUGCUUUAAAAGCCAAGACAAACAUUCCCAAAGUUAGCGACAAAAUGUGAAAGUCAUCACAGCUAGGUCCAAUAUGAAGAAGGAAGAAGAAGAGAAGAAGAGUUUGGAUUUGAUAUCCUGCUUUAUCACUACCAGAAGGAGUCUCAAAGCAGCUAACAUUCUCCUUUCCCUUCCUCCCCCACAACAAACACUCUGUGAGGUGAGUGGGGCUGAGAGACUUCAGAAAAGGGUGACUGGCCCAAGGUCACCCAGCAGCUGCAUGUGGAGGAGUGGGGAAGCGAACCCGGUUCACCAGAUUACGAGUCUACCACUCUUAACCACUACACCACACUGGUUGAACCUUCCCUGCUCCUUUCCAUGCCAUAUAUGGGAGGAAACAACACAGAGUUUGGGUCAUUGUGAUGUGUGAACACAUCGUUGUGGCUUAGUUAUCUCCAAAUAAACCACCAGUGGAAGCCAAAGUUUGUUUUUGGCUUACCUCUUGAGUUUUGCAUGUCAUGAUGAGCCAGAUUCUAGCUUGUUUCCUUCCCUGGAUGACACAGUUAGGAGCAUUAAUCAUCAUUGAUUAUGAACUAUGGUUUAUCAUUGUGUGUUGCCUACAAGAGAAACCACUGAAGGAUUGGCGUAUCUUCUUAAUAUUUUUUUAUUUGCAAAUAUACUUGUGAAACAUAUUGGAAGCAAGCAGACUUCUAAAGAAGGCAGCAUAACCAAUGGUCCUGCAACAGAUUCCUAAAGAACAACAGUAUCUUGCAUCUGCACCACCAUUACUAACACCGGGGCGGGGGGGGGACGACGUCCCGGCUGUCUGACUCACUCCUUGUUCAAAAUCAGACUGCAACUGCUUUCUGUUCUACCACACGUAUAGGCAGAAACUGGUCUCAGAGCCCAACCCGCAGGUAGACUGCCCAUUCAGGAAAUGUCUCCUAAUAAAUCAACCAAUCAUCCUUGACCAAGCAGCCAGCUUAGCAAAAUAUGGCCAACUUUUUCUUGAUCGGCAGUUCUGUUGAGCUAUAUCUGAUGCAAUAGAAAAAGUUAAUUUACCAGCAUGCAGCCUUGUUUGCUUUGGCUUUUUGAGGCUUUUCAGGCAACUUUCUGAGACGGAGCUCUGGUGUUACUCAUUGGAUUUUGUCCCAUAAUCUGUGGCUUGGAUAGUUUCAGGAAGGAACUGAGGAAAUUUGCUGUUUGGAAAACCAGGUGUCUGCCCAACAGCCUCCUAUUAACCAGGAAUCUCCAAGGCUCUGUAUUUUGGAAAUGUCAUGAUUAUAGAUUGCAGAACUGCUGGAUUUGAACAGGUUUGCUAUCCAUCUGCCUUUCUUUCCAGGGCCUGCCCCCAUUUCCUUCACAGCAGUUUGACACAUUAAAUUUAGCAGACAAAGAUUUUCCUGGUAUGAAGCUAGAAUGACAGAGAAUAUUUCACUUGAUCAAUUGGUGCAUAUUAGACUGAUGCAAAAGGCAAAGGACCAGAACAACUUAAAAAGUUGCAACCUGACAAGGCGCUUUGAGAAUUUUUAUUGUAUAAAUGUAAUCAGCAGCAGAAGCAGCAACCUUAGGUUUGAAAAUCUGUUGACGUCUGGUGACAGGAGUGGUGAGAGAGAAAACUAAAGCACUGACACCUAUUGAUCAAACUAUGGUAUAUUAGAUUUGCACACACACACAAAAACCUGAAAAGUCAUUGUUUCCCUACUAAAGAGGUAGAAACUAAUAAUUUUUCUGGUCUUGGGUUCAGAUUGCUGUAAACAUCUGGUACAAUUUGAUCAGGAGGUUUAAAAUUUUAUAGUUCCCUUUCCCACAAUCACAUUACUAAAGAUCAGAAACAACCGAACACAUGUUUAUGGGAAGGCUAACCACAUUUUGCAGAUGGUAGAGAUAAAUGUUCAGGAAGUAUAAAAUUAAUAAUAAUUAUUAUAAUAUUGCUGAGCUGUGCAAAAGCCUAAACAGCCUAGGCAAUGCUUUUUUGCUCCCCUCUCCAGGUUCGCAUAAUUACCGUUAAUUUGUUAUCAAUAAUGUAUUUAUUGAUAAAAACACCUUAUUUUUUAAAGAAAAAGCCGAGAAUGGCUCAUUUCAUUACAGUGGUACCUCGAGUUAAGUACUUAAUUCGUUCCGGAGGUCCGUACUUAACCUGAAACUGUUCUUAACCUGAAGCACCACUUUAGCUAAUGGGGCCUCCUGCUGCCACUGCACCGGCGCUGCAUGAUUUCUGUUCUCAUCCUGAAGCAAAGUUCUUAACCUGAAGCAUUAUUUCUGGGUUAGCAGAGUCUGUAACCUGAAGCGUAUGUAACCUGAAGCAUAUGUAACCUGAGGUACCACUGUAUAUGGAUAGAGAAUUUCACUGGAAGGAAGUCAAUUUUAAAUCUAACCCAGGGCAGAAGUCAGAAUUACCCACAGAAAUAAAUGGGGACAUCUAACCAACAUCUAUCCAAUCUGGAAGUUUCAUCCAAACUUUUCUAUCUUUGUGGCUAAAAUAAUGUCUGUCUUUCUGUGUGUCCUAGAAUUCCCUUUCUUCUGCAGCUUAUUUCUUAUAGAGGCAAUAGUUUAAGUGUCACAAUCCCAUGUGUUUUAAACAAAGACAGAACUCAAAAUUAAAAUGUCACACUACUGCCUGAUAGCUUCCUUUCUGUUAGUCAAUUUGUUUGGGUUUUUCUGCAAUCACUUGGGAGACCCAAGGGGUUGGUUUUGGUUGGUCAUCCCAUCGGCUGAGUCAAGGUUGGGACCUGGUAAUUUAGGGUGGGUAGGGAAUUAGGAUUUGGCAGAUUUUGGUGCAGGAGAGAGAAGAGAGCUGGCUUCAGGUUGAAGCUGUACAGAGCAAUGUAUCUUCUGGUGAGCCCCCCCAUAUAUUGGUGGACUGUGACAUGCUCACCUGGCAAUAGCACCAGACAAUAGCAGUGCUUCAAGGAGUACUGGGUGCCCGUGAGCUGCCAUUUUAACUUCCCAAAGUACCCCAUAUAAAUAAAAUAAACUCCUAGAGGAAACACAACCCUGAAUGAGUGCUGGAAACCCCUGGAAUUUUGCUGCUGCUCAGCAGAGAUUGGGGUGGCAUGUAACAAUAAUUAGGGUGCAAGGAAGAUCACAGCCUUUGUGUCAAAAUCAUGCUUACUUCAGAUUCUGCUCAAGCAAGAAAACCAUGAAACCAUACCUUCUUUGAUUUCGUCUUCCCCUUCCCCAUUUAUGUGUGCUUUGAAUGGGCAUUACUCAUCUGGAAACGUUUUGCGCUUUAAUGCCACAGGAAACUCCAGAACAGCAUUUGGCAAGCUGUUAAAUUGCUAUCACCAGCUGAAAACAGCAGUGCUGUCCCUGUGUUUGCUGAAUCAAAUUGUUAAGUGCCAAGGGUAUUCGUGUUUUCUCUGACUCAUCCAUAUGUCUAUGAACUCCUGGGGUUUAACCAUUGGCUACCAAGAACAUCCAGUUCCUACUAAGAAAUGGGGGGGGGGGAGGAGAAUAAUGAGAUGGCCAUAGCUCCUAAAAUCUGAAUUUCUUUGUAACUAGUACUUCAUACUGCUAUUUACAGAGAAUUGCAACUUAAGAACUUAACAUAGAGCCCUGCUGUAUCAAACCAAGACAUCUCUCUUGCCUAACAUCCUGUUUCCCACAAUGUUCAACCAGAUGCCUCCAAGAAGCAUAGCUGUCAACCAUGCCUUAUUUGGCAGGAAAGUCCCUUAUCCCACCCCUGUGUCCCGCUGCUGUCCCUUAUUGAUGAUGUCCCUUAAAUUUCCCGGGUUUCAAAGGAAGCAGCUCCUCUCCCUCCCUGCCGGCCAGGGAGGAGGGAGGCUCCAACUGCGGUGCUUGGCUGCGUUGCUCACCCAAUAAGGAGUCUAAGAACAACUGGGGGUGGAGCUUGCAUGCCUUGUGCCGAUCAAAUUGGCCGGGUUGCCCGGGGACUCGCCUUUGCUCAGCGCUUCCCAGCGGAGAGGUGAUGGUGGUUUUCCUUGCUGCAUCCCCUUUGCCGGGUUGCUGCACUGUGGGAACCACUGCUUGAGGCUUCGUUUGGCUGCUGGCUGGGCUUUCUGCCUUUGGCUCAGAGGGGCUCAGAAGUUGAACAUACCUGUGCUCUGAAAAUCCCUUAUUUUGGCUGCUGAUCCCUUAUUUUCGAGGCUGCUGGUCCCUUAUUUUCAAAUCUGUAAGUUGACAGCUAUGCUAAGAAGCCCAGAAGAAGGCAAUAGUUCUCUCCUGCUGUUGCUUCCCCAUGGCAGCCCUAUCCUCCAUGAAUUUGUCUAAUUACCUUUUAAAGUUGGUGGCCUUCACGUCUCAUGGUAGUGAAUUCUCUACAGUAGUUUUGACUGUGCUGUGUGAAGAAGGACUUCCUUCCUGUCCUGAAUCUCCCAGAACUCAGCUUUGAAUGGAUCAGCAUGGCUGCAGACAUUUUACAAAAACAGAAAUUUCCCCUUUAAACCACUCUCCCCCCUGGCCUUUUUUCAUGGCAAAUUAUCUCCCCAAAAUCAAUUUCUCUUGCAACUUCAUACAUGAUAGGCGAACCAGCCAGCUAGGUAGCUUGCACUUCUUUUAGUUGCCUUUGAUGAAUUUCAUUUUCACUGAGCGGUCCAACAUGACUCCAAGAUCCCUGUCCUGGUCAGUUGCCACCAGUUCAGAUUACAUCAUAUAAAGCACUACUUUUAAAAGAAAAAUAGCUUAUUGAAAAUGCAUAUUGAUAUUGUGACUAUAUGCAAAUUCAUUUAAUUAACCAAGAAAACACAAGACAGGAUAGUUACAGAGGAACAGCUGCAGCUUUUCAUUGAGUAAACUUGUUUUUUUGCAUGCAAUCAAAUGCUUUUACAUUAAUUUUCUCAGUUAUUGUAUCAGUGUGUUAGGGGCAUGCUAAAAGCUCCAUCCUAUGCAUGUUUAUUCAGUGGUAGGUUCUAUGCCAUAUGGCAGGUAUGUCCAACAGGUGAGGAGAGAGACUCCAUCAGGCAAGGCCUCCUUCCACCUGCCUUGCCCCACCCUCUAGUCUCUGCUUCUCAAUUUGUAUUGUAUUAUUUUAUGUACUGUGGUUUGCCGUUGUUUUAUUGAUUAUAGUUUAGAAAUUAUUUAUUGUAACUGUUGAGUGGAUUUCUGUUUAACUUUUAUAUGUUGAUAUUAUUAUUUUAUACUAUUCUAAUAAUUGUUGAAUGUUACUUUUUUGAUGUAGGUUGCUUAUUUUAAAGUUUUGUUUUAUUAUCACAUUUUUGUAUUGCAUUAGAUUGUUUUAAGAUGUACAUAUUUUGUUUCUUCAGCUUGCAAACCGCCUUGAGUACUGUAAGAUAGAAGGACGAUAUACAGAUUAAAAAUGAUGAUGAUGAUUCUGGUAGAUCUCUGGCCCCUCAGUGAUCUCCACCCCCCCAAACAAAGCUCAACAACUUUGCCUUUCCCAAAAGAGCUCAACAACUGUGGCUGCUUUAAAAAAAGUGGCAAUGGGUAGAUCACUGCCAGUUUAUUAUACUGUGAGUAGAUCACAGUCUAUUGGGAGUUGGAUGUCCCUGCCAUAUGGCGUUACACAUGAUAUUUCUAAAGAGCUGAGCCACUGUGUAUUCCCUUCUGUCUCUCACCCGCUCUGUAUAUAAGACAUUUGACUUUGGGCAUGAUUUUCUUGGCUAUCCAGCUCCAGAGAAGAUCAAGGCAGAUGACAUCUCUAAUCUAUAGGUAUAGGCAUGUUGUUCUCCAAUGAAAAUCCUCUAUUUCGUAAAAUGACUUGAAGCUGGAAAUAUUUUCUGGAGGGUCUCUUGUAUUUUUAGUAUCCUGGAUGUUUAUUUGUGGGUAAGUUCAGAGGAACAUUAAAAUGAGAUUGUGAAGUGCUCCAAAGCAUCUCCCUAAAUUGAAUAAAUGGACAAAAUGUGGUUCAAUGUAAGUACAGAUUACAAUCACGGGGUAAUUUUAUAGGGACAUGAUCAUUUAUAAGCCUGAAACAUGCUUCUUAAGUUCAUGUUCAUCUAUCUUUUCUUGGCAGGAAAAUUGAAUUUGGUUUGGCAACCGCCUCUAGAAAAACUUCAGAAAUUAGAGGCGGGGGGAGAUGUUUAAGCAGAAAGCUCAAGCUUUGCUCUGGGAACUGGGACUCAAUAUGAGCCUGAAUUCAACUGUCUGUUUUCAGUCUCCAGUUUUCCACUCUCCAUCCGCAACUAGCACACAAGCAAACAUUUGACUGCUCUAAAGUGAGGAAGUGUAGUAAGAUUCAACCAGCAAGUCAAAAUCAUGGGCAAAAAUCUCCCCUUGUGCUUUUGUUUCCUAAUUGCCAGUACAUUAAUAUAUUUUUUUCAGAAUGAACAGAUAGUGUUUUGUGUAUGUGUGUGUGUUUCUGGCCAACGGCUGGAGGACUCUAUCCAAAGUCCAGAAGACCUUUUAAAAGUCUGAAUUCCCAGCUUUUCCAUGUCUAAUCAAGGAGCUUAAAACAUUUGCCACAUGUUCUUCAUUUCCAUCUCAUUUCAUCACACUAAAGUGAAAACAUGCCAAAAACGGAGGAAAAAGGAGCAACAUUUGUCAGUGCCCCCAAAUAGGAACCACAGCUGCCCAUUAAAUACAGUGGCCAUUUCCAGCAUACAAAUCAAUUUUCCCUGCAGUGGGGGGAUGCGGUGAAUAAUGACUGGGUUGUUUAAGGAAGCAUGACCGAUUUGGGAUGAAGGUUCCUGCCACUCUGACAUUUUCAUAGUAUAAUUUAUUGCACACAGCAUAUAAAGCUGCGGUAACCAAGUCUUCUUGCCAGGCUUAAUAGUGGGGAAUAGCCUGAAAGACCACAUCACGGCAACGGCAGAUCUUUCCCUUGUUAAAAGGCACUUGAACUCCUGAGACCUUGCUAUGUUGAAUAGUAUGGCAUCCAAGGAUUUCCUCAAUUGGAGUCUCCUGGCUUUGCUUCUGUUGCUUCGCUUUUGCCUGUGCCAAGAUGAAGACACGGAGGUGAGCAGAAGAUAUAAUAACCCAGUGGCCAAAGUCUUGCAAAGUCACCACCAGACUGGUCAAAAAGGUUCCAGCAGCAGGGAAUUGUUCAGACAGCGGAGUCGACUUGUUGAGUGGACGGUUGAGAAUGAUGAUGGUAAUAGCCCUUCUCCUGACCAAAAUGCCUUGAAACCAGAGGUAGAUGAUGUAGCACAGACUACCUCAAACAGAGUCCAGGUACUCUGAAUUAAUAUUCUACGACGUUUAGAAAGUUAAUGAAUGGGAUUUUGUUUUGCUAUAUGAGACAACCAGCACUACUUUUUAAAGAAGUGGUUUAUUGAAAAUGCAGGCUGAAACUGUGACUAUUUGUGCAAAUUUGUUUAAUUAACCAAGCAAGCGUAAGACAGGAUAGUUACAGAGGAUUUUCAGCAGUUUUUCAUUCAGAGUAAACGUUGUCUUUUGCAUGCAAUCAAAUGCCUUUACAUUAAUUUUCUCAUUCAUUGUAUCAGGGUAUUUUGAACAUGCUAACAGUCCCAUCCUAUGCAUGUUUAUUCAGAGGCAAGUCCUACUGAGUUCAAUGGAGCUUACUCCCUAGCCUAGUGUGGCUGCAGCCUAAGGGUGCAAUCCAGCCAAUGUUAAGUGCUUCUAAUUCCCAUUGAGAUGAAUAAGGCUUGCAUAACUUUGGCUAUAUCAAACUAUCGUUUUAUUGGAAAUCCAGGGUAUAAAAGUUCCUAUUCAUUCAAUAUGAAAAUUCUGCACAGUGUGCAAACAUUUGAAUUCUUUAUCAACCAGGUCAGACAAAUGAAAUAUUGUAUAAUUCUGGGGGGUAAAUAUAUUCUUCAGGAGUUUGCAAUGCAUUUUAUAUGUUAUAUAAUUAAGGCUGCAAUCCUAUACACACUUAAUAGAGAGUAAGCCCUGUUGAAAAUGGAGCUUGAUCCUGAGUAGUCCUUUAUAGGAUUGCCGUGUAAGAGUGGUGAAGGAAAACCAAAAGGCUGAUGGACCGGUGAUUUUUAACGCAGAGAAAAUUGUUCAGUUAGUAUGAGAUUAUUUAACAUGUUCUUGACUCCAUCCUCAACUCAGUUAGCCUUGCAUUAAGAGAUAUAUUUGGUAUGUUUCACUAUUAUUAAUUGCUAUUAUGAUUCAUCUGACUUUCAUUUAAGAUGACCAAUGCAACUAAAAUUGGCUUUAAAAUAUGAUCUCUAGUUCAAGUGAGCAGUAGGUUAGACUGUUCAACACUGUGCACAUAUAAUACUUUAUUUAUAGAAAUACAUACUGGUUAUUUUCUUUUAAGUGUUAUUUAUUUAAUUACUGAGAAACUUGCCUAUUUAUCAAUGGCGGGGGGAGAAUCCUCAAAGUUGUGAACAGUAAGACAUACAUAUUGUUUUAAAAAUUAUAACAAUGAAGCCUGCGCAGUGACACAAUAAUCAGAAACAUUUAUUUCAUCCAGCAAGAGAAAUUAAAACAGGGAUAAGGUUCCUGCAGCCUUCUGGAUCAUGCUGGAGCUCAGCUCCUAUCACCCCUAACAAUUGAACAUAGUCACUGGGGCUACUGGGAGUUGGAGCCCAACAGCAUCAACCCCUAUCCCUGGAUUAAAGUAUGCCACCACAGACAUCUUAGCAGUUUUAUAUUUUUAAAGGAAGAAUUAACAGCACAUAUUUAAGGAUUAACCUCAUGAAUUUAGCUGAUCUCAGACCUCCGUAAAUGCGGAACCACUACCUGUACUCAAAACAUUCUAUUAACUCUUGAAGCCAGUCCAGCCUCUAAUGGAAGUGUUAUCUGCAACAAAGUUUGAGGCAAGGAGGUCUGAACGCUUUUGCCACGUUUGGAAUAGUACUUGCAAGAGCUAUAACAUCAGUUUGUAUGGACUGUGAAGUCAACCAAGAGGGUAAAAAUCUGGAUACUUCACAACUGGAUUUAACCGAAGCAAAAGAGCUAUCUAAAGUAAAACUGACUUUAGCUUCAUUGAUGUCAAUGGUACUGAAAUGUCUUCAAUCCAAAUACCGGUACUUUGACUUAAUUGGAUUGUGGAUUGAGAUAUGUUUUGGGAAAACCUCUAUGGGAGAAGAGCCACAUGUGAUCGAAUAUUAAGAGGAAGGAAAUAUUCAGAGGAAGGGCAGGGAAAGGGUUAACCACCCCAUGCACUUCUCUGCAAAAAGGACUUUUGGGCUGCACUUGCAUGUAUUAUGCACUAUGGCCCUAACAUAGAUGGUAAGAAAGGCAUGGCAGCAAAUAUUCUAAUUCUUCCAGAUUCUGCCCUUGGCUCCUCAGGCUAAUUUAUAAGGCAAGAAGCUAAUGACUGGUUGUUUUCAUGCCUCCUGACAUGUUUGUAUCUGUACUGAUUAGUGGAACUGCCUGCGCAAAUAUUAAUGACCAACUGAAGGAUUUUCAGAUAGCAAAUACAGACAAGUAAUUAACAAAGGAAGCUGUUGUUCAACACAUGGAGAUUAGUUCAGAUAAGUGCAACAAGGCAAGCAGAUUAGAAAACACACACGCCUUGCAUCAGUUUCGAAUGUGCUUUUCUCAGCAGAAGCUGGGAACCAAUCCCUUCCCAACAGCUGUUCCCAUGUAUUUUGCUAAAAAAAAGAAAAGGCAAUUUAAAUGUACUUUCACCCUUCAGUUCUGGUUACCAUGCAUAGCGCUUGACUAUCUCUACCCAAGUGCAAACUGUCAAUUUAAAAUCCAAGCUUAAGUUCAAAUUUCAUGGCUGCUCCAUCUGGUGCAACGGUGUCCGCAUCUGCUCUGAUUGAACCCAGAAAAAUUGUUCAAGGAAUGCAUGCUCAUGACAUUUAUAUUGGGUUCCGGCAGAUCCCCGUUAUUACCUGUAUUUCCUACACACAAAUACACACCUCCCUUGAGCAUUUAGCGGUGUCUGUAUCAUAGAAUGGUAGAGUUGGAAGGGACUGCAACAGUCAUCUAGCCAAAACCGUCUACAGCACAGUGCUCUUUUGCACAAUGCGGAGCUCACAACCCUAAGAUUAAGAGAUUAAAGUUAAGAGUCUCAUGCUCUACUGACUGUGCUAUUACAUGCAAGAAUGCAUUUUUAUUUAUUACUAUAAGAUACCACCAGAUACCAAACUUUUGUGACUAAAAGAAGGUGGGGUUUCAGUUUUUUAAAAAAUGAUUCCAUCUUCUUUCUGACACACAGGAGGUAAUGCUUCUUCCAAGAUGAUGCCUGUUACAACAUGUAAAAACAAAGAAAGCACACUUCUUGCUUUAAAGGGGGGGCUAUAUACAGAUUUAUGGAAAUUUAAUCAAUAGAUCCAUUGAUUAAUAAGCUUAAGCUCAAAUGAUUAAUUACAAUUUCUUUGAUUGGGUUGCAGCACUAUAAUUUCUAAACAUUUAUUUACAGGUAUGUAAAGUUGACAAGCAUUUUAAUAUAUUUUUAUAAUGUAAUUUAUAACUGCUGAUCUUACUUGUAUUUUGAAAAAGAAAUAGGCCAACUCGUCUUCCAUUUCUGACUUUUUAUAAGUAACUUUAAUGUAUUUUUUAUGUUUUUAUAAUUAAGCAGUAUACAAAUUCUGUUAAAUAAACACACACAUACACACACACACACACACACACACACACACACACACACACACAAUGAGCAGGCAGCAAAUAGUAAGCAUGGAUGCAAGAAGGUCCAGUUUCACAGCAGUAUCAAUCAGUCCAUUAAGCUGCUUCCACUUAUUUGUAAAUGUUCCCAACCAAGUCCAUCUCUUUGGGCCCAUUCUUAAAGUACUCUCUCUAGCACUUCUGCUGCACAUAUAUUUUUGCUGAGAUGUGGAUUUCCACUAUGGAUUAUUGACAAAGAACCUGACAGGCCAAUCACUGAUGGUCUGAAAGGAAACAGCUUACAACAGAAGAACCAAGAAAGGCAGGCCUAUCUAUCUGGCACACACAAAAUAGCAUGGCUAUAGCAAUAUACAUGCGGGAGAUUAGUACCUUGUUGUAUGUGUGCCUCUAUGUGCAGCAGUGGAUAUAUUCUAUAAAAUGUUUUUGUUCCUGAAUUUUGUAUUGGCAGACUAUACACAGUGGACCUCAAAGCCCACCAGAAUGUGGCUGCCGGGGGGAUUUUGGAUUUCGGGGUUAUCAAGGCCCACCAGGGCCCCCUGGGCCUGCUGGAAUGCCAGGUAAAGGAAAUUAGAGUUUAAGUUGCAUAAAUGUUAGUGCUUCAGGUUGUUGGAGGGCUGCUAAGAUAACAGCAGGCAUACUGUGCUGCACUACGCUCCUACCAAACUCCUAGACUCCUAUGGAGCUGGAAGGUCUGGUACAGUGAUAGACCUUGCCUUGUUCUUUUCCUUCUCCACCUCCCAGCUCAUUCCUGCAGUCCUUAUGCAAGAUGCAUGCUUGGGAAAGUGGGUCAGGAGUUUUUGUUUGCAUUGUCUUGCUAACAACCAUGCGGCUCUGGCCCUAAAAGCUCAGUUUAUGCAACUGCGAGUGUUUGCACAACGUGCAAGUAGCAACCAGACUGUUCUUCUGUCAAUCUCCCCCGCCCACACCACAAGCCAUUGGCAGCAGCAGUAGGUCUGACAUCCUGUCCAUAUAGUGCAGCAGACUUUCUUUAGCUCUUUGUUGGUACUUUAGCAAUAAGAAUUUCCAGUAAUAAAAGUAUGACAUAGUUGCAUAAAAGUGCUUCUAUAAGCAGCUUUGGAUGGCAAAAAAAGAAGAAGUACAAAUUGCGUGGUUCCUUUGGUAUAAACCAACAGUGAUGAAUAGAGCUUAUUAUGUGAACCAGCCACCAACUUUUCAUUCCAUAAAAGUGUGGUAUAUGAUUUCAGUCAUAAGCACAGAAAUGUCCAAUGAUGACUGAAGUGGCAUGGGAUUUGGCAACCUAAUAAAGGAUGGUGUAAUUUUUUAGAUUAUACAAUGCAUUAACUUAAAAAGCAGUACAUACAAUCCCUUCAAUCUGGUAUCUCAACAUAGAAAAUGAUGUGCAUCUUAAUGUAAUUAAUCAUGAACUUCAAAGAACAUGCAACUAAAAAGGAUAUGGGUUGUAUCCAGUGGUGUCCCUUGCAUUAGUCGAAGUUUCUUUGAUUCCAGAGAGGUCCUCAUCAGUGGAAGGAAGUGAUUUUCACUUAUUCCUUCUCUCCAUAUGCUCCCACCUUCGGCUCUAGAUGAACUUUGGAAGAACAUCAUGGAAGGUGGUGAUGGGACUAUAGCGGGAAGGGGAAAUUGAUGAAAAUUGUCUCCCUUCCUGUUAAGCUGAUAGAAGUAUCUUCCAACAGCACAAGGGAUACCAUUUGCUAUAACCCUUUAUUUUCAGUUCCACAUACAAGUUCUAAACAUUUUUCACGUUAUUUAACUUAAAGACUAUCAAUUUGGUUCAAGUUGUCUCAGUACCUGAUCAUUACUGUAGCCAAGGGGUGAGGAACCUUUGGCUUGUGGUCCAAAUUUGGUCCUCCGGGCCUCUUCAUUUGACUCACAAAGUCAUUUCCCUCAAAACCACGACCUCCUGCCCCACACCUGAUGCUAUAUGUAAUAUGAAGUAUGGGGUAGGUUGAAGCGCAGCAGAUUCCUUCAGAAAGCAGGAUUAAACUCCAGGAGCAUCACCUGCACAUCAGAUGAUGUUUGGAGUUAAAUCAUGGUUGGUUGCUGUUUCCCCCACCCCUGCAGGACAACUUUGAGAGAUAUGGCCCUCUAGGUCAAAAGGAUUCCCCAUUCUUCCUCUAGCCAUUGUUACAGUCUUUUCAGAAGCAACUGACUGAUUAAAUUUAUCCCAGAAAUUGUAUCCCACAUAUGGGACUGAUGCUGAAAGUUGGAACUGUCUGAAUCUCAGGAGUGUUAUUUUUUAGUCUCUCUCAUGCAGACUUCUGUGGAACCAUCAGUCCAGAAAGGCCCCUGCUCCAUGUUCUCUCUCUCACUAUACCCAGGCUUAGGCCUAUUGCGCCAAUGGUGGCCAAUGAUGUUAUCAGCCCACAGUAUGCUAGGCCUUGAGGCUUACUAACAUAUGAGAUAUACCGUAUUUUUCGCUCUAUAACACGCACAUAGUUUUUAGAGGAGGAAAACAAGAAAAAAAAAUAUUCUAAACGAAACAGCGGAUGUAUGAUUUUUGUGGUUCAUGCUGUGGCCACAGACAUGUGAUCUGACGGUGAGUUUGGGGUAGCCCAAUGCAAAAAUCCUGAGGAUCCAUGUGGAUCCAUGCUUGUAACCACGUUUUUGCACCACUGCAGCCCCAGGCAUGAUGUGCGUGAUUUUUUUGGUGCAAGCUGUAGCCAUGGACAUGCUAUGUGAUCUGAUGGUGAAUUUGGGGUGACCCAGUGCAAAAAUCCUGAGGAUCCAUGUGGAUCCGUGCUUUGUAACCAUGUUUUAAGUGGGGAGGGAAGAAAAAGCACCCAAGGGACAAGGAACACGCGUGGGGUGGGUGGAGAAGGAUGCUGUUAAUAAUGCAGAAGAGGGGUAUAAGAGGAGAAGGCUCCUCUCCUCUCCCGCUUUGCUGUUUCAAAGCAAGCCACGGAGGAGGGAAGGAAGGGAUCCUCUGCUCACGACUGCAGCAGAUCCCCCCGCCAUCCGUAGGCAUUCGCUCCAUAACACGCACAGACAUUUCCCCUUACUUUCUAGGAGGAAAAAAGUGAGUGUUAUGGUGCAAAAAAUACGGUAAUCAUGAAGAUAUGGUUUGUUUCCAGGGAAUUCACCCAUUGCCAAACAAGGAGAGCUUCCAUCAUUGCUGUUUUAUAUGUGGUCGAGAAAAUGUUUACUUUCUUGUAAUAUCAUGAGUGAAGGGAUUAGGAACCUGAGGCCUCAGGUGUUGUUGGAAUGGAUGGCUUAAGUGGGUGUUGCUCUCAUGCUUCAUGCUGGUUUCUGUUGCGGCUCUACAUUUCCUCCCACACAGACCCUAAUAAAACACGCUCUUCCAGCCAUGCAGUUUCUUCUCAGUGCCCAACCUGCUUUUCUACUUCUUAGAAAUCAGAAAUAGAAAAUUGAACACAUGAACAAGUGUCUUGAGGUGGAUUACCGUUAAAUCAUUUGUUCUAGACAAAAGAGUAGAAAAUGAAAUUGGGAGGGGUGGCGCUUUUAACCAAGAAACUUUAAACCACACACACACACACAAAAUCCCUUGAUUUGUUUUAAGGAAACCAUGGAAACAAUGGAAAUAAUGGUGCACCUGGCACUGAAGGAGCAAAAGGUGACAAAGGAGACAAGGGAGACAUUGGACUGA